CGCCCGUUAUCAAUAUGGCGAACGAAAUAUAUUGGAUGCCACUUUCAAAAUAAACAGUGGCUGGUAUUGUAACAGUCGAAUAUACCACCGAUGCUUGGCGGCUUUUCAAGUUCACAAUUCGAUCAGUCCCGUAACUCGAUAUGCGAAAGCUGUCAAGAAAGUCAAGAGGUUUGCUUAACGACAGAACGUUUAUGUAAUCUGAAAACUCUGUGGGCACGAUUCAGACUUCGGCGGGAGAAACGAGUUUCUGUCAGGCAAAUCACAACCCUGGUACUCGAAAAAGGUAAUUUUUCAUGCCCAAUCAAUGCAUUUUGUUAUUUCAUUGAGCUAUAUUUGUUCCAUUUGCUUUAUUUUAUCCGUUUUUGGUUCUAGAACGCUCGUUUCUUUUGAACAAUUUCACAAGGAACGUUUGUAAACAAUUGCCAAGCCAUUUCAACCCUUUGUGCUUAUAUUACAGAAGUAAACUUAAGCGUAAUAUAAAUUCAACAGCCGUUCCCUGAAGCGAAGAAACCAUUUCAAUAUCAGAAGACAGAAACAAAACAAAAAACUAAGCAAGUGUACGCGAAGGCAUCUGUAAUAUAUUUUUAGCCACCCUCCAGACUUAACUUUCUUGUCUCCUUAAUUCACUGCGAGAUGUUUUCAAAAGGAUAAACCGAGGAUUACGUUUCCAAAAGACUUUAGGAUUAUAACUUCUUAUCACGGUGGACUUAAUGAAUUUAAGUCUAAAUUGGCUUUAAAUUAUAAUGAUUUAAAGUUUUUUUCUCUAGGUCCUCAAAGUAAGCAUUUAUUAGCUCAACAUCAAAACUACUGAAGUUUGUGUGGUAGCGUACGUUUGUGCAAUGUAUUAUUGAAGCCGUGUCUUAUUAAGUUCUGUAAUUACAUUAAGCUCUUUAUUUUUUGCAGCACAUCCCGAUUAGUUCAAGAGAAGCUUUUCCAUUUUAUUUUCAAAGAUUUAUUAGUUAGGUUAGCAUUUGUAUCUUGCACGUGAUGAUGAACAGACUCUUGAAUGUAAUCGAGCGCAAGAUGUCGUGACCUUCGUCUUUAUUUUGCCUUUCCAUAUAGUCAACAUGACAAAGGACUGUUCUAUUUUUCAGUAAACGUCUUGACAACUUAACAGUUAGUUUGAAAAGUUGCAUUAUUUACGGUAACCACGUCCAAAAACUCAGGGUCAUCCCCGGUGAAAUAUAAUUUAUCCGUUCUCCUUGUUUUACUAUGGGUUAGGUUUGUUGUUUUCUUUGUUUUUCGUCAGUUGUAAGUAAUAAAUCAUAUUACUCAGAGAUGAGCCAAAAAUCGUGCUAUUAUGUAUUAUAUUCUAGCUAUUUUUACGCAACAGUUUUUUUAAUGAAGAAAGCAUUUUUACUGAUUAUGUGGAACAAUUAAGAAUUAUCGAAUGAGGCUGAGGAUGAUAUGAAGAAUUAUGCAGGUCAAGGAGGGUAUUAUCAUCCAAGGUGAAAAAAACCUCCAAGAUCUGCAUUUAAACUCUUUAUAACAUAUAAAAGCCAAUUCAAUAGUUCAUUGUUUUAUUAUUCAUUCAAAAUAUUUCCAAAUUCUAAAGUCCUCACCCCCCCCCCUAAUUACUUCUUCAAAGCAUUUUUCUGGUACUCAAUUCCCUCACUAUAACUUUUAUCUUAAUGACUAAAAAGGGCUAGACCUAUAAUCUCCUGUGAAAGCUCAGGAUUGAGAUGACUUCAUAUUUUAAAAGCAGACACCUUGUAUCAAGUGAACACAAGUAUAAAUGAAAUGUUUUUCCUUAUUUUCUGUAAAACAGACGGGAGAGAGGGAGGAUCCAGGAUUUUUCUUAUGAGGGGGUGCACCACUAACGAGUGACGGAACUGACUGGUGACAUGACGUGCCAAAAAAACGUUUUUAUGGUUUUUAACAUAAAUUCUUCAGCCUUGUCUCAUAUGAUCAUGUUUUAUUUUGACACCAAUGAACCACAUACUGUAGUUUGUUACAAGUUGUAUUAGAAUGCCACAGGUCAUCUCAGGGGGAAUAAGUACCUCCUGUAACCUCCCCCCAGACCCGACCACUGUUAAAAUAUACCUGUUUUUGGUAGCUAAAAAGUGUAUUUUGCUUAUAGUCAUUAAAAAUAUUGCAGCCUGAGAAAACCACCAACACUUUUCAACACCAACACUGGGUCAUGUGAGAAAUUUGCUUCAGCUAAUGAGAAACUCUUACAUGUAAUCCAGAUCUGUGUAGUGACACGUCAUCGGUGUGGAAUUGUUGUGAUCAUUCCUCAGACAUCAUUUGACGGGGAAACCAGUGGUGGCAUCACGAAAUGUCAGCUUUUUUUCUCAGGCUUAAAAUGUUCUGGUCUUUAUUAUCUCCGCAGCUUCUUACAGGCUCUGUAAAAAUGCAGUGGGAGACUGCAAGAAGUGAAUCAUUCACAAGACGAGAAGUGCGUCAAGUUCGUACGAUAAGUGAAGAAAUGAGUCACACAAGGACUGAGCGGCAUUACUCAGAUAGCUCUAAUGAUCCAGGCCCAUAUGUCAAUGGGUCAAUCACAAAUGGCGCAGACUCAACACAGGAGAGAUCUUAUAGUAAACGAACAAUUUAUAUGGUAAAUGGAGACUCGGGUUCUGAUAACAUGGAUGACAGAUUUCCAUAUAAAAAGCGGGAUUCUGAUUCUGGUGAAACAGGUUCCUUGCAACGUACAUACAGCACUGGCAGUACAGGAAGAAGAUCAAGUGGUGCGUCAGUUAGUUCAACUGGCAGUGGAACAAAGAUUUCCAGUUUAACAAUGCCAAUACGAUCCUCAUCCUUUUCAACGGGAAGUAAAGUUUCUAACAGAGGCGAAAGUCCAGGUAACUAAGGCCCCUUACAAACAGUUGUUGUAGAGUCAAGCCCAUGGAUUAUAUUGAAAGCCCAGUUAAAAAGAGUUAGUGACUGCCACUUUUACCACUCCCAGUGUUAUAUUUGCCACCUACCAGUACUAAGGUUCAUUAAGAUUUAAACUCAUCAACAAAGAUGGCUGUUGGGGGUGGUGCUGGAGAGACGAGUGGAGCUAAGAACUGCUGCUGACCGCAAUAAUGCAUAACUGUGACAAAAUUUCAUUUAGCCCAUCAAUUAACAACCAGACAAGAUAAGACUUUUGUCAUGUUGUAAAAACCUGUUCAAAGAGUACAAGCUUUAUUGUUUUGCAGUUCAGGCAAGUAGUUCUUCCACAACAGCAUCUGCUCCAACAAAACCAUCAACUCUUCCUCGCACAUCAUCAUUAGUGAGGCAACGGGCGCCAUCAGAUGGACCAAGAUCAGACAUCCCUGAUGGGAAUGGUAUGCACAUUAAUGACAAUGAUAAUUUAUAAAUAAUAAUACUUUAUUUUUUCUAUUAACAUAGUGCUAUUUACAAGUAUAGAUCAAUUUGGCACAUUACAGACUCGUACGUCAUAUCUAACUACAGGGUGCGCCAAAACCUAUGUCCGAUCGUCCGAGACAGGUAGAAAUACAGUUUGGACAAGUAAACCUUUGACAUAACUUGCCUGUGGGACAAGCACAUUUUUAAUUAGAAAAAAUGCAGAAACAGAUGAAAGUUGACUUCAAAUUACAGUAGAAUUAAAAUUUAUCUUAUAGUUAUAAAAGCAAAUCUCAUGCUUGUCAAAAUAAGGUUAAAUAUUCCUUUAAAACUUCGCCAUUCUACAGCCAUUUCAAUCAUUUGUUUUUUUACGAGCUCCAUUUGGCUUAGAAACCUGGUCUUAGUAACCGGGCCUGUUAACUUACCUGCAAAAAGGCUGAUUAUGAGAUAAUAAGCAGUAAAAUAUAUGCCCGAUUGUUUUUGAGUUUUGAGCAAAACUUUUUGGACAAGAACCCUUGGGUUUCGGACAACCAAAUUUAAUAUAGUGCUUGUCCAAAGGACAAGUGGAUAAGAAAAUUUCUGGUGCACCCUGUUAACUAUUGACCUUAGAAUCACAAUCUAGCCCACAACACAGAUGUACUCCCCACCACUGCUUCUUUGUGCUGACAGUAAUUCCUAGGUAGUGAAACUUGCAGAGCAGAGAAGGAAUACAUCUGUGUGUUUGUAAGUUAAUGUAACAGUUACUCUAAUGAUACUCUUAAUCUCCAAGCAUUGUUUUGUUAAUACAAUAAACACAAACAUCUGUACCUUUUUGAAAUUUUUCUUCAUUACCAUUUUUUGUCAACUUGUGGUAAGGGGCACCGAUGUUGUAAAUACUUUUCCUGACGUUGAUUGAAGUGAGGGUUUUGGAUUUUGGAAAAGACCUAUUGAAUAAAUUGUAGUGUAAAUGUUCUUGAUACAUGUACUCAUAUCAGUAAUUAAGAUUCCUGUCAUCUAUAUUUAUUAUGCUUUUUCAGUGACAUACAACAUUAAAAUGAAACUUGGUGAGGUGAAGGGAAAAGGAGCAGAUGGAAAUGUCUAUAUUCAGUUGUUUGGAUCUAAAGGAAACACUGCAAAAAUACAAUUAAGACAAGCAGGAGAUAAUAAAAAUUUGUUUGAAAGCAGUCAAGAAUACAAGUUUAUGGUGGCCACGAGUGAUGUUGGAAAGGUAUUUUCGGAAUUAUUACAGAACUGUAUACUAUAAUGUUCACUACAGUUAAUAAUAAAUAUAUUAUACAUGCACUUACAAAGACAAAGAUAUAAGCCUGGUGAUUUGGCUUGGGCUUCCUCACCAUUAGCUUUUAACCCUUUAAGCCCCAGUAUCCACAUACAAAUUCUCCAAACUGAUCUCCAUACAUUUCCUUUAAGAAUUAGUGGAGAGAAUUUAAUAAAACACCAAGGAAUUUUCUCUUUCAUGAUCAUUUUUUAUAUUCUCACAACCUUAUCUCUUGACAUUGUAUGGACAUUGUUAGGAGAAAAUUGCUGUUGGUUACUAUUGGGGUUAAAUUCUUAGAACGUCUUGUUUUGUAUGUGGUUAUGGUGGCAAACCAAUAGACUGAAAUUACAGUACAUCUGAUAAAAUACUUUCUUCUUUAAAAUUUAAAUCAAGGUGGAGAGAAUCAAGCUCAGCCAUGACCACAUGGAGUAUGGGACAGGAUUUCAUGUGAAAGAAGUUGAAAUUGAUGUUCCAUCAAAUGGCAGCCAUUACACAUUUCCUUGCAACUGCUGGCUAGCUCAGGAUGUGUCUUCUGAAAUGACAGUUAAAGAUUUAAAUGCAUCAACUUCUAAGCCAAGUAAGAUCAUUUUUCAGAUCAUUUUUCUGGUGUGUAAAAAUAGGGGGAAGGAAAAGUCUGUCUUUGAUUUAGUUGGCAAGUUGUGUGAGUUAUAGCUUAUUUUCUUUUCUGUCAUUUCCAUUUACCAUAAUUUUGUUCUCUCUAAGCUGUAGAAUUUAUAGUAUUUGUAUGUAUGUAUUUUUAAAUCAGUGGAAUUAUUUCAAGUUUUGCCAGUGUUUCUGCAUCACUUAUUCCAGAUUGCUUUAGUCUGUAAAUAGAAAUCAACCUUUAAAAAAAUUCUCAAAAUUUUAAUUUUCAUCUUAUGUUUUUAAAAUUAACUUUUGUUUAAGACAAAGGGUACACUGUUUCUGUUCAUCUGGGCAAGGUCCUGGAUCCACACAUCAAGCUAUAUCUUCAACUGUGUGGAGAAAAUGAAGAAAGCACCAAGAUAGUUCUCCGCCCCACUGGUACCGGCACAGAUUCAUUUCAAGAGGGAAAGACAUACAAAUUUUCUGUAGAGAUGCCAGACAUAGGAAAGGUAAUCUUCAAUGAGUACCUGUUAGGAUAUAAUUCCAACAAGUGGCAUGGCCUUGAAACAGCAGAAUGAGACCGAUGAAAUGGCAACAAAUGACUGAAGUAUGCUGUUGAAACUGUGACAGCUACGAAGGCAAAAAUAAAUAAAAUAGCAAAAUACUGACAGCAGCAUGGCUUCCUCCCAUUGUCAGUGCAAAAACCAACAGGUUUUCACAAAUAGUGUUGCAGCAGAUGUAAUGAAUUAAUAACAAAAACUUAAGUGGCUGGUAAAACUUUAAUAAUUAUGGCAAUGCUGUACAGGUGUACAAUUUUUCUAAAUUAUGAUGCCCAGAAUUAUGGUUUUGGCCAUUUAUUUAUAUGCCUAUUAUCUAGUUAAAAGUCAGAGUUUUUAAAAUAACAUUGAUUUUUUUGUGACUAUCAGGUGGAAAGAAUUCGUGUAGGUCAUGAUAGCCAUGGAAAAGGUAAAGGAAUUUUCCUGGAUGAAAUUGAAGUCAUUCCAGAUGAUGAGGAGCCUAUGUUUUUUCCAUGCUCUUGUUGGUUGGCUGAAGACUUCAGUGAUGGAAAAAUUGAAAGAGAAAUUUAUCCUAGCGCAGGAUCCCCACACUCAUCAGGUACCUAUUUUUAGUUAAAGCUGCACUCAAUACAGUCAAACCCCUGAUUUUGCACACCCUCUCUACACAGUCACCCCAUUAUUACGGACAGUUUGCCUUGUCCCUUAGGAAAGAAAGCCCUUACUUUUUCUCUAAAUUUACCCCGAUCACUAAAAACAAGGAGGUCUUUGAAAUCCUUUAAGGCUGAAUUAUGUCACCCCAUUAUUACGACAAUAGAUGGAUAUUGUUUGCUCUUCGUUUUGUCCCAGUGUUUUAGGAAAGAAAAUGUGGUAUCUGAACACACGUAAAAAUACUUUUUUUACUCUAAAUUUAAUUUCACUGACAUCAGGUUUGUCUCUUAAAUUGUAAAAUUCAAGGAUCAUAAAACAUCUUGGUAAGGCUGAAUUAUGGAAAAUAGUUUUGAAUUCUUCCAAUUUGUCAAAUCUUGGAUGGUCGUUUGAAAAUCAUCAAAUUAAUGUUUACAAUAGAUGGAUAUUGUUUGCUCUUAUCUCACUCGUUCGCUGCACUUUUGAAUAUUUUUUAUUUUUAUCUUCUCGCCAUUUUUCUCUAUUUUUAUUGAAUUCUAGGAAUUUUUUAUUGUAUAUAAUAAUUUAUUGAGUAGUUUUUAUAAAGUGUAUUUUUAUAUUUUUAGAGGGCCACAAGUUGAUCAGUAAUGUUUAGUUACUGUUACGUGUCACCCUCAUAAAAUAAAGUCUCUUACUUACUUACUUACUUACUUACUUACUUACUUACCCCCACUUAAUCCGGGUUCCAAUUGAUAUAGAUACUAUUUAUGGCCCUCUCAGUUUCUGUAUUAACAUGCAAAUGAAGGAUACUCGCACAGGAUCCACACAUACUGGUACUUCAUGUACUUGAUUCUACAUAUAAGUGGAGCCUUGCGCCCCUGGCAGAACUUGAAACCACUUAAACCCAAAUCUUUAGCUCCAGUGUCUGGCUUCAAGGAUGUCUGGGAGUUCAGAGCUCUGAACCUGUGAAAUACACGGUGCCCAGCAUAGUAUUUCUAUAUAAGCAAAGGGGUGCUUUCCAUUCAACAAAAAUUCCAGUUUGAAAUUUCGGAAAUUCCACAUGCUCUAUGAAAUGAUACAUUUGGGUUGUACAGACCAGACCCAAGCCACUGUGCAUUUGGUUAUUGUUCUUCCCAGGAUUCAAAAGAGCGGUACUGGGGAUGACAAUUUUCUCAAUGGGAAGGAACAUUAAUGACCAGACCAGUCAAAGAGGACCACCUUCAAAGCUGGUCCCAAAUAUUCUGGUCAGACCAAAUCGAAAUGGUCCACUCUAUGACGUAACAACCAGAAUUUCUGGAAUUUGGGGUUGAAUGGAAAGCACUCAAGACUUCUAGUUUCCCAGGGGCAAAAGUAAGCCGGCAGGAGCCACCAGGCCUUGCUACAUGUAGAGCACAGCCUCAAAAGGCUCCAAAAAAAAAUGUAUUCCAGCUUGUCCUUUGGGCAAGCUGCUGUCACAUUUUGCUUGCCAAGUGCCCCUUCUUGCUUGAGGUUGUUAAUGAUUUAGUUAGAGGAUGGCUUACCUUCACCCUUGCCCACUGGGCUAGUGAGCUUUUGAUGUUACAAGUACAGUUAAAAGUAAUGUACUUCCCCAGCAAGAGAUUCUACUUGUGUUGAACAACUGGACAGGAUAUUGUUAGAUCCCUGGUUAGUGAAGGUAGGCAACUAAUGUUAGCUGUUGUUUGCCAAUUGUUUUGUGCAAAUUUAUUUUCUCAUGUAGACUCAGACAUUACCCACACCGUGUCGGUAAGUCUUGGUGAAGUGUUAAACCCCGAAGCAACGCUAUACAUCUAUCUGAUUGGACGUAAAGGAGAGACAAGCAAGGUGUUCCUGAGGCCUGAGGAACCACUGGAAAGAGAGAAAACUUAUAAAUUCACAUUGGCUCUGACUGUUGACAUAGGAAGGGUGAGAUAAGCAUAAUUCAUCAGAUGUGUACAAUGUCAAGGAACUUAACUGUAAAUCUUUAUGUUGGUCAGAAGCCUAUUCCACUGCCAUUGUUAGCUCAAUAGAGAGCAGAAGUGUGAUGUCACGUUACCAUGGUAGCAAAAUUUCUGGAUGAGUUUUGCAACAGUGACGGUAAACAGCAAAAAAACAGUAGUAAUGUGUUUUAGAUUGGCAAAAAAAAAUCACGCUUUUUUGUACAUUUCUUAGCCGUUGUUGCACGAUCACGACUUGAAACUUCCUACUUUCAUGCUCCCGCUUUAUGGAGUAGGUGAGCACAACACAAAAAUUUUGUUUUUCUUUUUCUAAACUUACAUACUGUCCUUUCGGAUUAAACCCAGAAAGUUUCGCCAACAUUUGACAAAUUAAAGGAAUUGAAUAAGAUCAAUGAAUUUUGAAAACGUGCGAAUACACUAUUUAAGUGACGUUUUGGUUUGUUGUCAUUCAAAAAUUUUGCUACCAUGGCAACAUGACGUAACGACUUCUCUCUAUUGGGUACCAUACUGUAGAGCGGUAGGUAGGAUUCAAUUCCUGGCCAGACCAACACUCAUGGUCUUAAAAUUACUGAGGAGAAAUAGUUGCCUUUGCUUUGACCCCUGCAAAUGUUUAGAUGGCGUUCUAGUUUUCUUAGAUUAGGAUGAAAAAACUGUAAGUGUCACCUCGCAACACUUUCACCAACUGGUAAUCUGAAUCUGUGGAAUGUAACAGAGCUAUUAAAUUGGUAACAAAUCUCUGACUUUGACCACCCCUACUGUCUAUUCCGGUUCACAUUUACAUUAGGCUGCAUUCCUAAAUAAUUAUAAACAAUUAUUGGAAGAGGUUUUUGUGAUAUCCGGAAUAAUCAAGGUCGAGGUAAGUGUUAUCAGCCGAAGCCGAAGGCUGAGGCUGAUAACACUAACCGAGACCUUGAUUAUUCCGGAUAUCACAAAAACCGAAUCUAAUAAUUGUUUUAUUAUACUUUAUCUUCAAGUAAUUUCUCAAUUUCUUGCUGGGUCGAUGAAGCGAAUCGAGAAGCCAUUUUUACUUCGCUGUCCGUGAACUUGACAUUGCUGUCCGUGCACUUGACAUUGUUCUUGGAAAUCAUGCAUUGAGCGCAACCUACAGAUUAUUCACUAAUCUGUAGGUAUAGAUUAGUGAAUAAUCUAUAGGUUGCGCUGUUUCCCAGAAUUAACUGUAGGCUUUUAGCCAAUCAGAAGACAGAUGGUGACUGCAAUGUAUAAUAACUUCAUUUAUUGUAAACUGUGCCCCAAGCAGCGUUGUUGAUUAUCCCUGAAAAGCCCUGAGGGGAUUCUUACCUCCUUGCCCGGAAAUGCCUCCUAAAUCGAUCACUUAAUGUUAAAUUCUUUGAUUUUUGUUCUUUAAAAAUGUUUUUUUUUUUUUUUUUUUGGUAGAUCGAAAAAAUCCGCCUUGGACAAGACAGCCGGGGUUAUGGAAAAGGCUUGUUUGUGGACAAUGUCAGAAUAGCUCCAACAGAUAGUGACCCCGUAAAUUUCCCAUGUGCCUGUUGGCUAGCAGAGGACGUGUGGGACAGCAAGACAGAGAGAGAAUUACUGCCUGGGAAAGCUGUCAAAAGACCAGAAAGUAUGUGUUUUGGACAAACAUUUACCUGUUUCAUGUCCUGGCACUGCCUUGCUGAAUUGCGAAAUUUGUGCAGCUUUCUGCUGUACGUUUGGGGCCACGGUCCUUGUACCGCUUCAAUAACACUGUGCCAAACGUUUUAAUGCUAAAAAAUGGAAUUUAAAGACGAUGCACAACUUGUGCCGCUCAAAGACAUCUUCCCACUCCAGGCAUAUCAAAAUGAGAGCGAUUUCGGUAAACAGACCCGAGAUAAAGGCAAAAAAAUGUUUAAAAUUAUGGUAAACUCCAAUGAAAAUCGUGUCUCACUAUCCACUGGUACUUCUUUUUAAAAGUUCUUCGUUCUUCAGCGUUUUUCGAAAACCUUAAGCCUAGUGCAGGAGCAGGUGAAUAAAAUCUACGUUGAGCACAUAGAAUUGUUGUACCAACAAAGAACAUUGUUGCAGUGAACUCUUACAAUAUCUCAAAUGAGACGCGAACUGUACCAUUUAAUCAAACGCGUCUUACUAAGCCGCGUCUUAUUUUAGACGAAAUCCGUUUAUACGCGCGUCUUACCGUCUUAUGUAAGACGCGUCUUAUUUUUCCUCGUAUAAAUGACGUUGCAUUUUAUAUGUUAAUCAAAUUACCUGCGAAUCCAGGGACCAAAAUUUUUUUGUGUCGUGGGACAAAAGUUGUGCCUUAGCAGGACAUAUGCGCUUUCAGGGAAGUAAAAUUAUUUGCAGUUUUGGGAAUUAUAAUCUGGAUACAGGGAUUUAUGUUUUAAUUGGCGUUGUAACAGUUGUAAAAGUAUUGUUAUAUAAUAAUUUUUCAACAUUGUAGAACACGGCCCCAUAAGCUGUACAAGGUUUAGCUUUCACUGUGUUUUUGUGGAAGGUGCUGUUGUUAUCACUAGUGAAAAGUAUUUUCCCUUGUAUUGUUGUAACACCGAUACCAUAAAUAAAUCUAAUCUCUAUCCUUAUUUUUUUGCAGAUGCUGCGUAUAGCUUAACAUUCAAAACUGGAGAUAUGCCGUACGCUGGAACUGAUGCUAAUGUUACGCUACAGUUGUUUGGAGACAAAGGUCAAACUGAAAAGAUUAUGUUGCGGCAAGAAUCUGGCAAAACCCUGAAAAGAUUUGACCGUGGGCGUACUGAUAGAUUUACUGUACAAACAAUGGAUGUGGGCAAAGUGAGUGAAUCAUUAAACAUGUAUAUCCCUUUUGUCAGAGUAUGUGGAGAUCCAAUCAAAAACAGGUUUAUUGAAUAGUCAACGUGUUUAGUUUUUUUAAAAGGCCAAUUAUCUAACAAGUUAAACAAAAUUAAAUUGUAGAAAAUGUGCUAGUAGAGAUAAGAACACCAUGUAUUUGCAUGUACCCAUAAUUUCAAGGUAUUAUCCCUGAUAAUGAUAACGUGAAGUAAUUGAUGAAAAUGAAGAUCUACGUAGUAUUACAUUUCCUAUUAAAUACUUGAAUGUGGUCGUGAUUAUCUCACCGAGACAACAACAAAACUCUAUUAUUAUACCCAUGACAGCAAAAAAAAAAAAAACAACAACAACAAUGAAAUUUCCGUGUCGUGAAAUAAACAAUGAAAAGGUUAUUUUCUUUCUAAAAUAAUUGGCUUAUGGGGGAUAAGAAAGACAAGGAAGCCCAAUUACCUUGAAUCAUUUACAGUAAUUAUAGUAGGCACGGACGACUCGCAUACCUAUUUACUCUCCAACUGCUGACCAGAGAAUUUGACCUGGGAUACUCACUCUACGUACAGCGUGCAAAGAAAGUAGUGUCCGAUAGCCCGGGGCUAGUGGAUUUUGCUAUCGGGCUAGUGAAUUCUGUUUUUAACUUGCCCGACGGGCAAGUGAUGUUUUAUGAGGAGUUUGAAUAACAGAAGAACAAAACGUUUUUGGAGCUAGUUGAAAUGACGUCUGGGCUAGUAAAUGCUAGCUUCAGCUUGCCCGAAUGGCAAGCUGUAAAAAUGAUUUUCUUUGCACCCUGACGUACACAUUUAUAUAUAAUAUUUUUGCCUUUACUAAAGUGCAACCAUACUCGGGUCCUGCACCGUAUAAACCGAGUGUUCCCACCUGUUUCUGUGAUAAACGAAACGUAUCUUAAGUCUUUGUUGUUAUUGAUCCUGUUAGGUGGAGAGAAUUCGUCUGAGCCAUGACAACAGUGGUCCAAAUCCCGAGUGGUAUCUAGAGUCCUUAAAAAUAGAGAUCCCUUCCCGCGAUGAAAAGUAUUUUUUCCCGUGUAACCGUUGGCUUACUGGGGAUGAAGAGAGGCGAGUGGAAGUGGAAGUUUAUCCUGGUAAGACAGUAUAUUCUACUGCCUAAAAUGGACGGACAAUACCAAGACCUAGUGUUCACGAGAAAUGAUAUUAUAUGAAGAAAUCCGAAAAUUAUAGAAAACGAUGACAUGGAAGUCUACCUAUAAACUGUAAAAAGAAAGAAAGGGAAAAAAAAAUAGGCCAAAAGCGCGAAACCCAAUGUUAAUUUAGCCGGCCGCAGUCUUAAACAUCCGAGAAAGGUCAAUUUAACCAUUUCCAACUCUAGCUGGCAAGAACUAAUGGGCGAACCGUUAAUAAAGUUAUGGCCGGGGUGGGGAAUUUUUGAGCUGGUAAGAUAUUUUCGUUAACAUUCUCCGCAUUUCUUCAGUUAACGUUCCCUUACAUUAAUAUUUUCUUGCACUUCGCCGGCGCCCUCCCCAUAACUUUCAAAUGGUCCACGAGAAAAAUCGCAGUCGCUGAGUAAGCUAUUAAGACCGAUAAACCGCAAAUUUUAAAAAUGAAAACAAAUCGAAAAACCCUUCCUUUAAAAUCUGACCAGAUCGCAAUACUGAAACCCCCGGGAAUAUUCAAGAAGGCAAACAGCUCCUAAAAGACCUUUUAUGGAGCGAUUUAUUUCCUUCAUUGCCAUUUUUGCUUGGAAACUGAAGCUGCAUUGAUUCCUCUAAAUGAUAUCAAACAAACACGUGAUAACUAGUACAGUACCAAGCUAAGCUUUUUUAUGAUAAGUUUGUGUUCAAAUGUUUACUCUUGUUUGUUUUGUGAUGAUUAGUUGACCAGGAUGUGGUCCAAGAAGACAAUGUCACCAUUGUAGAACAGACUUUAGACUCAGCUGGUAAGUGUUAGAUUUAAUCACUGCUGGCUGCGUUAGGAACACUUGCACGCUGGUAAAUCCACUUCGAAAGCAACAGGACUGUUUCGAAUUUAUUCAUACUUGGCUCCCUCAAGCCUGAGGUUAUGUUCACACUAUAACCUGUCCGGUAUGGUAUGAACAGCAACUGGACAGACUGGAAGUCGUUCACGCACAUCGAACAAAUCAUCGAACAUCGUGCUGGUCUUAAGUGCUGGUCGGGUUGGUCGGGUUGGCCGAGAGGAUUUGGUGAACUAAACCCCAGACCUCACUCCUCAAUGUUUACUUCCGUCUCAGUGGAUUCCAGUCCUCACUCCCGCUUAUUCACCUCUAUGGUACAAAUACAAGUUCAAACUGCACCAAAGUGUUGCACAGAACCUCUCCGAUAUGUGACUCUCCACUUUAGAGAUCGGCGCGGCGCAGCCUCGCCCCGAUACAGAAAUCGCGCCAAAAUCACCGUUCUUAUGUUUGAACAGAAGCCCUAUCCGGUAUGGUUUUCGUGCAUACGCAAGAGCUAUUCCGUUCGGUUUAGUGUGAACAGGAGCUCUUAAAGGGAAUAAAACAAAAAAAAAAUUGCAUUGAGCUUCAAGGAUUAAUAAUUCGUUUCUCUUGUUUUAUUGCACUCAGCCAAGGAGCCAAGUAUGAAUUUUUUUGAUAAUUUGAAACUGACCUAUCAAGACGAUAUCUUCUUUUAAAGUUGUUGGUGUUCAUUUUACCGAGCAAAUCAGCGUGACGUUUUGCUCAUAUCUUUAUUUGUUACAUUUUAGCGCCUCCAGAGCCAGAGCCUGAGCCUGAACCAGAAAUGGCUGAAUAUCAAGGUAUUCAUUAGUCGUUGUGGUGUGCAAGGGGCAUAGACCUCAGCGUGCAAAGAAAGUAGUGUCCGAUAGGCCGGGGCUAGUGGAUUUUGCUAUCGGGCUAGUGAAUUCUGUUUUUAACUUGCCCGACGGGCAAGUGAUGUUUUAUGAGCAGUUUGAAUAACAGAAGAACAAAAAGUUUUGGGGGCUAGUUGAAAUGACGUCCACUAGUAAAUGACCUUGCCCAAAUGGCAAGCUGUAAAAAUGAUUUUCUUUGCAUCCUCCCUUUUUUUUAAUUUGAACCCUUGACACAAAUAUCAAUAAACCUAAUACUGAAGGCGUCGUUGAACGUACAGACACAAGUGGCCUAAGUCAAAAUUCAGCAAAAUAUUUAGUAGAACCAGGUGAAAGUACUACCCAAGUGGUUUGAUUUAAAUAGUCACACCAUAGGAUUUCGUUCACUCUUAGAAUAAAAGGGCAAAAAAAUUUCUAAAUUAGUCCCUUUUAGAGUAAAGCUCACUGACACGUCCGCAAAGGUGGAUGGAAAGUGCAAACAUCUUUUUAUCCUUCUUCGCGCGUUUUUGGUUCCUCCUCCCACCUCCCUUCACCCGCAUCUUUCCAGAGAGCUCUCAGUAGAUCAAAAGAGGUUUCUGCUGAAGAGAAAGUGCAAAAAUGAAAUAUUUACAAACACUGCCGUAUUCCUAUUUCUUUCAUUGUAAACAAACCUUGCAUAGCUUCGGACGCGCCUUUUUCUAACGCACCUCGCUUGGUAUUGAAGUGUGACAUAUAAUUCUCUACUGAAACGAUCUUUUUUUCUUAACACUUUGAAAGUCAUUUUCUUUGCCGAAUUUAAACUUUAGAGCUCGUUAUUGGAGAGAACACCUAUGGCAAGAUCUAGUGCAUUUAUAUCAAAAUGUCCUGUCCAUUGUUAGUGUCUUUUAGACUGGGAGAAGUACUGGAUCCAUACACCAAGCUGUAUAUGGUGAUACAUGGCGACAAGGGCGAUACUGACAAGAUUUACCUCGCGCCUAAAGGAGGAAAGCUAGAACCUGGGAAGAUGUAUACUGUUACUGUACAGACUACAGAUGUAGGAAAUGUAAGUAUUUGACCCAGGCUACCCAGGUCAGGGCUGUCAUUAGUAGCAAGCUACUGUAGUAAAAUCAGCCAGCUACUCCAAGUUUGAAAAUGAUUCAAACAUAAAUAUAGGAGGAUUUGUCGGAUAAAUGAGCGGCCACUUUCCUUGAGAGAAAGCCUUAAUGACAACCCUCCUCAGGUUGAAUAUGGUAAUUGUCACCGAGUAUAGUAUUAUCCACCGCCCGAUUAGUUCAGUUGGGAGAACGCCGGUCUGCCCAGCGGAAGGACGCCGGUUCAAAUCCCGGCAGGACUAACAACUGGGGUCUUUAAAUAACUGGUAAGAUCAUGCUGGAUUGUCUCUUAGGAUGAUAACGGCAUUGGGUGGUGAGGUUGAGCCAUUGCCCGUGUCUCCUUCACUCUUCUUUCAUUAGUAAAAUCGAAGGUGACGUAAAAGAACCCACACUACUCUUCGAAAAGAGUAGAGGAAGUUUCCUCGGUGAUGUGGUCCACCUUGCAUACAUCAUUCAAUGGCAUAUCGCAGGCUGAGUGGGUUACAGUGAGCUCAUAAAUGGACUGAUAGCGGCUGCCAGACUGAAGCGCCCUUGUAUGCAUGCUGACGUCCGAGCUUAACGUUAACAUGUAAACAUCAUGUUGUCAUAUACAUCUGUCAUCCAGAGGACACAUUCUCUUUUGCCUUCUAGGAGUCCCCGUUUGUCUCCAUUUUUUUUAAGCGGGCGCGUUUAUUUCAUUCAUUACUUCAAAAUAUGGUACUUUCGAAAAUGAAUAAUCGCGAGCAUCGAACAAAGCAACCACAUGAGGGUUACACGUUUCAACCUCGUAUGAGUUUCUGGUAACACGUGGUACAAGUGUGAUUGAAUGAUCAUUCAAGCUUUUAAAAAUAUGUCAACUCAACUAAGUGUCAACUCUGUUCCAUUUAUUUUUAAAGGUUCGUAAUAUCAGCCUGGGACAGGACGGACUGUCUCCCAACCACGGAGUGUUCGUGGAGGAAGUAGAAGUCACAGCCCCCAAGGGACCCCCGGUGGUGUUCCCCUGUCGUUGCUGGCUUGCAGAAGAUGAAGAUGAUGGUCAAACUACACGUGUGUUGGUUCCAGGGGAAUCACUAACCUCACGAUAUGACAGUAAGAGUUUAUUCUACUUAACUGAUGUUGUGAUCUAGUUUGUUAUCAAAGAGCAAUUUUGCGCUGGCAUCAACUAUUAGAGACUUUUAGAUUAUAAGACGAGAACAAGAUUUUCCCAAUACUAAGUGGUGCGCGCGCGUGAACCAGCGUCAUUUUGGCGGGAAAACGCGAUAGUCAACGUCAUUCUACUGCGAGUUUUAGCGAUGUCUUUGUGACGGGAGCAAGUUCUCAAAAUGUUAGCAGUUUUAUCAUUUUCCGAUCGGAAGAGGGAAUAACCUCCUUCAAUAAAAUAACCCUGCUAACUUUACUGGUGGAAAAAGUACAAUGAAAAUAGUUGAAGUUAAAUCUCAUCCUCUAUUGACUCACUUCAGGGGCCCUGGCAUAACCCGGGCGCAGCGAGCAGCCCCCUUGUGCCCAUUGAGUGAUAUUUUUUACUUCCAGCAGGUGGUGCAACGACGUACAGACUAGUUAAUUUUUAGAGCGAUUAUCUCGAGAAUUUUGGCCGUCAAAAAAGUCUUACAAAUGACCCAGUGAAAAAAGGACACUAGAAGAUAGUAAUUCUGAUAUUUUGAUAGCAUUCACUUCCAUUUUCUCUGGAAAACUACCACAAAAUGAUGCUUAAAAUUAACUGAUCUGUGAAAGCGCCAUUGCUCACGUAGCCUCCGGAUCCCACUUAAACGUUCUUAGGGCUUCGUUACGCGUUUCUUGGGGAGGAUUGCGUGACGAGCCAAAAGAAUAACUGCGUGGGAGGCUAUUGCUCACUUAGAGUCACUCAAAGAAAUAGUUUAUAUGAAUGAAAUUAUCCUCGACUGUAAGCCUUUUUAAAUGGUCACGCGUGAGACUGGACUGACUAAAUGCACCAUGGGACUGUUUUAAGGGGCUCCAGCUUCUUUUUUAGGGGUUUUGUAAGGUUGCGUAGGAAUUUGGGUUCAAAUUCGUUCCCCUAGUAGUCCCAUAGUGCAAUUCGAGACAAGCAGUACAAUGUGUGGGUAAAGUUCGCUUAUUCGAUAACACGCUAUGUCAAAGUCAUCUUAACAUUUACAGUUGCAAACGGUUUGUGAACGCGUUUAAAAUGGUGUUUUUAAAUUAAGUUGGUAAUCAACUCAGUGGAGAAAUUUACAUGUGGACAGAUGCAAUUUAUAUAAUUAUAACCUCUUUGCGAAUUGGUCAUUUUGGUUAGCUUUGCUCAGACUUUCUUAAUUUGUGCAUAUUACAAACGCUUCCAUACAUCAAUUGGCUGACACAAGCAACUGAUUUCUUGGUUUUAUUUGCACCUAUGCCCCGGACACUUUCAGCAUUCCAAGAGAGACAUAUUAAUGUGUCUUCUUGUCUAAAUCGCAGUUGGGUUUCGUCUUGGAGAAGUGUUGGACCCUAAUACCAAGCUUUACAUGAUGCUGUACGGUGAUAAAGGAGAGUCAGGCAGGAUUUAUCUGUUACCAGAUGGAUCAAAGUUUGAACCUGAUAAGUUCUACAAAGUUUCUGUAAACAUCAAGGACAUUGGAAAUGUAAGUCGUGUACUUUAAAUAGCCCACUUCGAAAAGAGUGAUAGCCUGGGACCUAGUAAAUUGAGCUCGCGCUUAUUUAUGGGAUUGUUUGUGGGGGACAAGUCGAGCAGCCACCUUGAAUUAUGUCGAGACAUGCAAGUUGUUGUGUGCCUUUCUGCACAAGUAUCUUCGGGAACUCCCCUGGUCUGGCAUUUUAUAGAAUUCUAAAGGCAAGAGGUAUCCAGCUGCGUUUUCUUUCCGGUUGUUUUGGCUUCAUGGCUAAGAGGCCAUCUCUGAAGCUGUUUCACGGUGCAUUCUUGUGGUUUUUGUCGGGGUAAAAUUGCCCCAGGCACAUAUUCUUCCCUCAGCUUCACAUUUUCUUGUUUUUUCUUUCAAUUCCACCUUCCGUUUUGCUAUUUUGAGCUGUUUCAUUCCCCUCCGCUUUGCGCCAUGUUUGUUUACAUUCGCGUCCCCCCCCCCCAAAUAAUCCCAUAAAUGCACGCGCGCCUAGUUUGGGUCCCAGACUAUCACUCUUUUCCGAAGUGAGCCAUGCAGUCCUAGCCUGUUCUGGGCUGUCAGGAGGUAGGGAUGCAGCGAAACAAAGUCAACCGAGAAUAAGAUGCGAGUGUUUUUGGAAAAGGGAGCGCUUUCAUCACGUUCGCUGUCCAUACUACAAGUAUAUUAGAGUCUGGAACAGGUUAAUGCAACCCUAAUUGAAAAGACCAAACAAAGAAUACCCAAUAGUUAAUUUCCUGAAAAAUCGCUCAAUGUCUUAAUGUCAUGGACCUCGAAUAAGCCGAUGUGAACUCACGCUGUUUUGGAAAUAAGAUAGCAUAUGUAAUAUUAUGACUGAUUGAAAAUGUUUCAUCGUUCCUUAUUCGCGAAAUCCCCCAGCUUAUUGCUCAUAGCUAGCCUGUGUUUGCUGAUAUCAGUACGAUUGACGUCAAGACGUACGGCGGGGUGGCCCAGCUGUUACGGCAGUGUAGAGCUGGAGAAAAUGGCGGAAGAUUGCAGACCUUAAGACGAACUGGCGAACUACUGGCUAAACAUAGCAAAAAUAAACUGAAAUACCACUUGUCAAAUGACAACUGCUAUAUGAAGAACAUCUUCCAGAAUUUAAUACAACACCCUUCCAGAACCGCACAAUUCUUCAUAUCAUACUCAGCUUCCUCCAAUAAUUACUUUAACAGGUACAAAAGGUUCAUAUUGGACAUGAUAGCAAGGGACGCAACAAAGGCGUUUUUGUUGAAGAAAUCGAAGUGACUGCUCCUGACGCUCCCAAAGUUAUAUUCCCUUGCCGCUGCUGGCUCGCAGAAAACGAGGAUGAUGGCAAAACCUCUCGGGUCAUCGUGCCUGGAGAGUCGCUUACACACCCUUAUGACAGUGAGUGCAUGUGUAAUUUUUAAGGUUUUUUUUUUUCCAUCUGUUUUUUUUUAAUUUUGGCUCAUCUUUGCUGAGCAUGAAAUUCUCCCAAGGAUAAGAAAUAUUUUUACUUGUUUUGGUUGUUUGCUGUUUUCCCAUUGGUUUGUAUUGUUUUUUUUUAUUUGCUUGUUUUCUAAAUUUCCUCCUGUUCCUUGAAACCUGACGUGGGUUUUUUCGUUCUUAUUUUGGCUUGCUGGCUCAGGGAGCUUUAAUUUCGACAUUUACUGGGUAUGCUAGAAGAUACCAUUCUGUGAUGUUCUCUAAACCAGUGGCUGGUCAGUCUUUCUCAGGCGUAGAGAUUAGAAUGACUGUGAUGUCAAACAGAAAGUGACAGUGAAAAGAAGCAAAUAUACUUUAAAGUAAUACCUUAUUAGGUGAAGCCGCAUCUGAAAUGGUAUAUAUCUCUGGGGCUCUCAAAUCUAUAACUAUCCAAAGGCGUUGUUGCUUGGGAAUUUCUUUAAAGUGGAAUCUUUUGUUGUGCUUGUUCAACAGUCGCGUUCCGUCUUGGGGAGGUACACGACCCGUGGGCUAAGUUGUACAUGAUUCUUUAUGGUAAGAAAGGCGAAUCUGGAAAAAUACACCUCGCUCCAUCUGACGGCAAAAAGCUUGAGCCUGGAAGACUGUAUACUGUGUCCGCAAAUAUCAAGGACAUCGGACCGGUAGGUUGUUAGUAUUUUUCAUUCUUGUAGUUUUUAAAUCUUUGACUCUCGAAAGUGAGAAAGGUCGAAUUGAAAAAUGAAUGGUGGAUAUGCCAUAGGAUUUGGUCCGCAGACUCGAUGGUCACGCAAUAGAUUUUGUUUGUCCGCCUGUCAUAAAGUUAGAACUGCGUCACAUUUCGGCAUAAUUGAACCCUUCUCAAGUGUGAAAGGUUUCAUAAACGAGCGGUUUUUUUUCUUCAGCCAAGCGUAUUGAAUGGUCUCACGAACUUUCACGUAGAUCCUAGCAUUGUGGAUUACUUUGGCCGGAAGAUUUUCGGUAUGCAAACAGAUUCAAAGACACUGAUUAUGCAGUAAAUUUUCCACCAUCUACGUAUAUCAAUUAUUUAUCCUUUAAAACACUUAGUAUGUAGUGUCAGAGGGUAGGUGCUGUAAAGGUAGCGACAUAGGAGGGCAGCAAUCUCCUUGGCGGCAAGGAGAUCUCCAUGGCAACCGAGCCACAGCCCAAUCAGGCCCGUUCUAUCAAUACAACACCGACAAACUAGUGUGGAAUGAAUACUUACUCAAAAAGUGGGAGGGAGGCAUGGACACAAAGCAAGGAAUUGAGCGGGAACCCAUGGCGAUGCCCCUGCAAACCUACCUCGCGCUUCCCGCAUCAGAUUGCUGAGACUGCCUCAUUGACUUGGCUUUAACCUUCCCUUAAUUACUUUCAAAAGUGUCGAAAUACUUUUUCAACGAAGUGGCUUAACGCCGCGUUUUCCUCGCGUUAUAUGAAACAAUCUAUCUAUUGUCAGAAGAAAAGACGAAACGCCUCGUUGACCGUUGAGAAUUUUGUCGCUUGUUUCAGGUGGAGAAAAUCAGCAUUGGAAAUGACAGCCGAGGACCUGGUCAUGGUGUUUUUGUAGAAGAAAUCGAGGUAGCAGCUCCGAGUGAGGAAGCUGUUGUUUUUCCUUGCCGUUGCUGGUUGGCUGAAGAUGAAGGCGAUGGCAAAUCUACACGUGUUUUGCAGCCUGGGGAGACUGUUAGUCCUCCUUAUGACAGUGAGUAAAUCUUCUUCUUCUUCUUUUAGGCCAAAGAUCUGGUUCCCUCUCGUGGCUCUACAUUUGUCUACAUGAUACCACCUCAAAAUGUCAUGCCAGUGCGAGUCAGCCCGGCGUGAGUUCACCACGGUUGUUGUACCGGGGCGAGAAUUUCACUCCGGUAUGAAGUCUCGCAACGGUAUCAUGUGAAGGCGAAACGACCAUACGUUUCCGUGAGAAAUCGGUCUGCUGGUAGACUGGAACGGGUAGCGCAUGAGUAAUAUUUGCGAUUUUGAAUCUUACGUUUAUUUUAUCACCAUGAAGUGUACCUUCAAAUAACGAGAUAUGAAAUGACUCAGUCAUAAUGUAAACGCGAUGCGAAAUAAAAAAGUCAUCCCGGUAUGAAACUCGCGCCGGUGCGAGUUUUCUCAUGUAAACACCCCCCAAGUCUCUCUUCUCAGCAAGCCUGAUAGCCUGCGAUGGUGUACUCCGUGUCCAUUCACAGAUGUCGGUUACCCAACAUCUCCGUGGUCUACCCCGCCCUCUGUUUCCGGGAGCUCGUCCAUGCAUGAUGGUGCUAGGGUGAAAAGCUUCAUAUGUUGCCUUGUGACUAGAGAAAGUUGUUAGAAACCUGGUUUAACCAAUUAUUCCGGUUUGGUAUUCCAAAAAUCCAUUUAGCUAAUAGAACAGUAUUUUUCAGGUUUUCCAUAAUUUCCGAAGAAGAACGAAAACCUCGCGGGGUUGACCCAAAUUCUUGAAGUUUUCUUCCUGGAAAUUUCCGUUCCAUUCGAUUUUGUUACCUGAUUUUCAGAAUUUCCGGUUAAAUGGAUUGCGUUGAAACUCCUUUAGAUUUUGUCCUGUUGGGGAAAAUAUCCCUGGAAAUUUCAGUCCCAUUCGCACUUUGCUCGUCGAGUGCAUAUUAGAAGAUAGUUUUGAGGAGAGAGGCAAAAAAGUAUCCCGCGGGGAAAAUCCUCUUGGAUCCAACAAGAGAACAUACAGCAAACUCAACUCACGUAUGGCGUCCACGCCGGGAUUUGAACGCGGGCCACAUUGUUGAGGUGCGAGUGCUGUCACUAGUGCGCCACCCUUGCUCCACUCCUGCUCCACCCCACCCACCCCACCCCCCUCCACUUUCUUCUACUCUAUUGAUUAUUCAAAAGGGAUCCACUAAACUAAACUUUUUGCCCAUAUGUGAAGUAGCGAGUUGCGAUUCUCAUAAACCACUUACCUGCCCUCACUUUUCGGACUGUCUAUCAAACCGCUCUCUUCUUAGACACCAAAUACGACUAAAGGUUCUUGUUUUUUUAGUUCUGUUUCGUCUAGGAGAGGUGUUGGACCCGCAGGCUAAGCUGUAUAUGAUACUGUACGGUGACAGGGGCGAAUCUGGCAAAAUAUACCUCACUCCUUCAGAUGGCACUACAUUUGAGCCCGGAAAACAGUACAGGGUGUCCGUCAACAUCAAAGACAUUGGAAAGGUACGGUUAUAGGUUUUAUGCCGAACAAGGGUCUCAAAUGUGAGAAGCUCCAAGGGGACUACUGAAGAAGCCGUAAAAAGUUUUUUUGUCGUUUCCGUAAAUAUAUAAGAAUGGACCACAAAAAGAAGGUUUCUUACUCUAAUAACCAGAGCUUAGUGCGCUUCUACGAUAAACUGGACCUUAACCGACUCUUUAUUUUCUAAUCCCCCAUGAUACAUUCUGUUCUCCCCCCUAAUUUUGCGUAAACUAUUGUUUUUAAAUGCUCCUGGGAGAACCGUACAUUCCCAAGACCACAACUUUGAUUUCAACUUAUACAAGAUAUUGCUUUAUGCCCGUAAUUAGCUUAAGCUAGUCGCGAAAAUAGGAAAGCAAUACCUUGCUCAAAUUUCGGCCGCUGGUGGUGGGGGGGGAAUCAGAGUGUUUUAUGGCGGAUUCGAAAAUAAUCCAUUAUCUUGCGAUAGUAACCGCCGUGUUCCACAGAUAUGGCAGAAAUUGUUUCCCUUUUUUACUCUGAAGAUGGUUAGCGCACUUGUUGUCGAGACAUCAACCAUUUUAAACAAGGACUACACGUUCCGGUCGUCGAUCAUAUUCCUCUUACUUAUGAAAUGACUCCUGGGUUCAAACAACAGAGUGUAAUAUUCCCUUAGUUCAAUCAAGAGAGUACUCUUUUGGUUCAAACCAUUCACUGUGUUACGUUCAUAUUACUCUUUCCGCAGAUCAACAAAGUCUAUCUAGGAAAUGACAGUCAAGGGCGUGGCUGUGGAAUAUUUGUGGAAGAAAUUGAGGUACAUUGUGCAGACGAGGAUCCGGUGAUUUUUCCGUGCCGCUGCUGGCUAGCUGAAGAUGAAGGAGACGGCAAAACAGCUAGAAUUCUGGUGCCUGGUGAAACGAUUCAGCCACAAUUAGACAGUAAGCCAAACCUUUGAGAUACUUCAGUUAUCUGUAACGGUCAAGUCACGUCUAUAGUGGUAUAGGCUCAGUCGAAUUACAGGGGAAAGAUCUCCAGCGUAAACCACGUUUUAGCGCGUUUGUUAAGUGGGCUGUCACAAGAAAAAACGUUUUUCGCGUCAUGUGAAUUCAAUUCCAAAAAUAAUGGUCCAGUUUUGUUAAACCUUUUUGUAUUUAGUCAGUGAAACUGUCUGUUGCAUCGGAUGGCAAAGGUGAACAUGGAUUGAAACAGUGCAGAAUUUCAGCGCAUUCCUCGUUAAUUCGCUGCGUGAAAGAAAACUCCAGUUGUUUAGCCGAAAAUUGUACUUUGACGAGAAUCCAUUCGCUGAUUUGAAGUUGCUGUGUGGACGUAAUUAUUUAUUGUGCUUAUAGAAGCUGCGUAGUAUCUAAAUGCAAUGGAAGCAUCUUGUGUUACAACAGUUCUUAAUUGUUAUUAUGUUCAGGUACAUUGUACAACAUGACGUUUGAAACAGAGGAUGUACCCUUCGCUGGCACCGAUGCUACUGUUUAUGUACAGCUGUUUGGAGAAAAGGGACAAACUGAAAAGAUCGAGUUUAGAAGCGAAAACAAACUAGAGGCGCCCAAGUUUAAAAGAGGAAGAAUUGACAAAUUUGCGGUGGAAACUGCGGAUGUAGGGCGGGUAAGUUAAUGAUGAGAUAUCUUAACUGUUACCGUAAAUGAAUAAAGGUGCGGCACUUACUUCAACAACGGGGAAAACACCGAGGGAGAUAUAGAGAGAACUCUAAGUUGUGCAAGAAAAAGGACAAAUAUGUACACCUCGAACCGUUAUAUGAACCCGGUUUCAAGAGCUUCCCCACAUUAAAACGAGAGAAACUCACGAGUUGGUCGUGGUCUUAUUUGUCAAGCGAUAUGGUUUUGGUUUUCAUAUCUCUUUAUAUCAAGCGCCGUAACAAAGAUUGGGCGUCUAUUUGUAAAUACCCAAAUUAGCGCCGCGACGCUUAUUCAAGAGCGGCGCUGAUUAAAUUAUUUUUGGUGGAGGUGCGGCGCUUAUUUGAGAAGCGGCGCUUGAUCGAUCAUUUACUGUAAGUGGUAAUACACUUUUCUUCUGUUAGCCUGCGAGCAAUUUACCAUUUGGGGGAGUCGUGAGAGGUCACGCGAGAGUAGCACGCUCCUCUCAGCUUCGCCGCCUUCUCGCGCAUUCUUUCGCGGCUCGCUUGGCUCACCAUAUAAAAUGGACAGCUUGCUCGCAGGCUAGACCUGUCAUAAGAUUUUCCCCUGGACAAAUAUUUUUCCUUCACUAAUGGUCGGUCCCUAAAGUUUUAACGUCUUAUCUGUUAGCUGAAGAAGAUCCGUGUUGGACACGAUAACACUGGCCGCAAUCCUGAAUGGUACUUGAAGAAGCUGAGUAUCGAAGUUCCCUCAAGGGAUGAAAUUUAUGUUUUUGAGUACAAUAACUGGAUAGCUGGCGAAAGAGUUGACUUGGAUCCAGGUAAACCUCUUUAAAGAUUACUCAAUAGGGACCUUAAGGUACCGAAAAACGGGCAGCAAAAAACGUGCAACUUGUUUUGUAACAUUGCUGUAAAACGAGUUGAAUAGCAAUGUUGCGGGUUUUACCACCCAUGUUCAAACCUGUUUACAACCUGAUUUGUUGCAAGAUGUGGGUGGUAGAGCGCGCAACAUCGUUAUUCAACUCGUUUUGCCGCAAUGUUGUAAAACAAGUUGCACGUUUUUUGUUGCCCGUUUUUCCGUACUUUUAAGAUCAGACGACGGCGACGGCAACGAGAACGUCAUAAAAGCGAUAGGUUUAAUAAGCAAAACAACAACUUCAUUUGCACGUGCAUCACACCUUUUUGUACAUUUCUUUGCCGUCACUGCACGACCAUGACGUGAAAAUGCUUAAUUUCAUGUUUUAUAGAGCACGUAAACAAGCAGGGACAAAAUUUUCUUUCCUCUUUCUUAACUUGGAUGAGGCUCUUAGGAAUUCAACUCCAGGAGAGUUCGCGUACAUUCGACAAAGUGAGCGCGAAUCACUUUUUAAGCGACGUUUUACCUGCCGUCGCCGUCCACGCAUCUUAAGGUCCCUAUUACCAUCACCCCAUAAUCCCUCAUUCACCACCUUAAAAACGAGGGAAACUGGGUCGAGUUAACUUUCGCAAAGACUUCUGGGAUUGUAACUAGGGACAGGUAAAAAAAAUGGCUGACAGAUGAUCGGCGUGUCCAUAGUAGCGAUCCCAGAAACAAUUGCGGCACACAGUCCGGCUCCAGUGCCCUUUCUAAAGUGGCGAAUGCCUUUGUUUUUUUCGUUGGGAAAGUAAACCUAGGUUUUGGUCGAGGCGUAAGCCUUGAAUCUAAGCUACUUCCUUGUAAUGUUUUUUGAGAAUACGAAAAUGGUCUUUUUAGCGGGACCCACUUGGUGAUUAGGUUCGUGAUUCACGACCCCAAUGUGCCUCUUUUAUUAUUGAUGUAUUUAUUUAUAUCAGUAUUUUUAUCAGAAAGAAUUUUGGAUGUGAGAGUUGCUGAUUUUGUGUUUUUCCUUGUUUCUGUCUGUUCAGCAAGAGGUAAACUGCGACAUGAUACAAUGCUGAUUUAUUUUGCUUAUAUUUAUAGUUGAUGAAGCACUUCGAACAGAAUUGUACACAAGUAAGUUUAUAUUUCAUUUCAAUUUCAGUUCAUGUUCUCAAAGUACAGCUGUAUAGUUAUUAUAGUUGAUUAACUCUGCUCCAAACAAAAACUUAUGUAAUGGCUGUUUUGUCACUUACGGCGGUUUGUAAGGAUGAUGUGUGCUUUGAUUUCCUCCUUAGGCGAGGCAGUACUUUUUGCUUGUUACCAUUUUUCUCGAGAUCGUAAACAAGCAUAAAGCGAUAGUAUUAUACCGCACUUAAGACGAAGGUGGUAAACCCUGCGCGAGGAGGGUUUUUGUUUUUUUUUAAGAAAAAGAACCAAUGAAAACCGAUCAUUGAUCACGUGUGUUACCCGACUAGCCUGGGUAGCUGGCGGGAUAAGCGAAACCUUCGGCUUCGACGCUCGCUUCAUGUGUCGGCUCCGCCGCCAUGAAAUACCCCGGGGACAAGAAUCCCGCCAGCUACGAAGGCUAUUACCCGACUAACGUGCAGCCACUAAACUGAAAAACAAAACAAACCGUUCGUUAUCUUGUAGUUCAUCUCAAGCUGGGUGAAGUCGCAGAUCCUUACGCUCCAGUUUGGAUCCAGCUUGUUGGCGAGAAGGGAGAAAGUGGACAGAUUCAGAUCAAGCCCGGGUAUGGACCAAAGGACAAAUUCGAGAACGAUCGAAUGUACAAAGUGGUAGCCAGGGUCAACGAUAUCGGAAGGGUAGGUACUGUGGGGGGGGGGAAAGGGGCGAAGGGGGGCUUUCCCUAGGUUAAAUAUUUCAAGCUUGAAAUCUGCGUUCGGAUGCGGAUCCCAAAUCGUCAUAAUCUUUGUGACACAGUAUUGCAAGAGAAUUGCCUUCUAAACCUUUAACCGUUCUUCUCUUUGAUUGCGCAUUCCAGUUUUUUUCCCGACAAAGUCCAUUCCGCGCGCUCCUGCCAUAAAUAACAAUCCUUCCCUUCCGUUGGUUGUACAGGUUGUAGAUGUCAAGGUGGGUCAGGACCUGUCUGGUGCCCCCAGUAAAGGACUCUACGUUGAGGAGGUGGUGGUCACAGCCUCGCGCGGGGACGAGGUCACAUUUCCCUGUCACUGUUGGACUGGUGAAGACGAUAAAAUCACUGUGGAACACGUACAGCAGACUGAGAAAGAGGUGCCUCUUGGUAAGUCUUUGUAGGGCGCUGUUAAAAAAACUGACAGUUUUGUUCCACCAACUUCACUGGGCACAGACCCGACCUCGUUUCCAAGGUUCCCUCCGACUCGUUCCCGAGAGCGAGAACGACUGAGAGAGGCGUCUCCGUGUGACUGAACGCCCCUUUGUAAAGCUAGCCUCGCUAUCCUGGCUGCAGUUUCGUCUUUUGUGCUAUACUGGUUAACACUUGUCGAAACGUUUUCGUAAGUCGUUGCACACAAAACUCAUUUUAAAGCUUCAGUUUGUAACAGGGCGGUAAAAAUGGCUGUACUCGCAUCUGGACGCUGACCUAUUUUGUUUGUCUUACAGAUACAACAUACCAAGUGACUUUCAAAACUGGUGACAGACCACACGCUGGCACAACAGCUAAAGUUCAGUUUGAACUGCUGGGCGACCAAGGUAAAACAGAGCCUAUCUUGCUUAGUGAAGACCGAAGUCUGCGUCUUUUUGACAGAGGAAACAGUGAUAAGUUCAAAGUGGACACGAGGGAUGUUGGAAAGGUAAAAUACUAAAUACAUAGGUGAAUCUUAGUUUACAUUUUCUAGCUGUUAAAUUAACUUCUCUGAAUAUUAAAUGGCCCAGCUCUCUUGCAGUCGGACUCCAAUACACUGAAUAGUUUCGGAGAAAUAGCUUUGGUUUUAAAAAAAAACUCGAGAAUUUUCAAAGAAUGUAUUGGUCAGUACCGUUUUUGCCACCCAGCAGUUUUGUGUUCUGUAAUGGCUGCUCUUUCCUUAGAUAUUGCUUGCAAAGAGCUGUAAAUUGCCCAAAUUGCUCAAGUUCAUCAUCUCUUUCAACUUAUUAACUUAAUUUGUGUAUACUGCGACAUCUUCCGUUAGUCCAAUGCGCAAAAAUUAAAAACAACAACAACAACAACGUAAGCAAAGAAAAAUUUUCACCUAUAGCACCUCCAGCGGGUCAAGACCUUUAGUUGUGGUGGUUGGCGGCAGUGGGGAGGAGGGGGUGGGGUUGCUAAUGUUCUCUCUUUUGGUCCAAAAAUAGAACCCCGGUCCGAGGGUUUGUUACCUCUCUUGAAAUUUUGAUGUUUUACAGUUGUAAGCUUGUGUCAUCUCUCAUAGAGCUUAUAUCUCGACACUGUCUCGUGCUAUUAAAGUGUUCUUAGUACACGGGUAAUAAUCCUGAUAGUCUUAACUAAAUACCUUUUAAACAAACUGUCAGACUGAGAGUCUGUGGAAAGACUAGAGGUCUCGCAUACCCUCAGUUCUGUGCCCUUAUUUCUGUGAUCAUUUGCAGGGGUGGUGAGGGGAAGGGGUGAUGACAUUUUAUUGAGUGAAAGUAAUUCAAUUUACGUGAUUCCAGAUUGAGAAGCUUCAUAUCCGCCAUGAUAAUUCUGGCCGGGAUCCGGACUGGUACCUAGAGGAAGUUACUAUUGAUGUACCAGAUAAAGGAGAACAGUACAUCUUCCCCUGUCAUCGCUGGCUCGUCGGCAGUCAGCGUGACGUAGUGUUACUUCCUGGUAGGUUUUAUACAUAUUUGGUUUUAGAUAGAAGUGUGACGUCGCGUUACCAUGGUAGCAACAUUUCUGGAUAAUCGCAAUUUUCGCAACUGGCUUUCAAAAAAUCGCCAACAUUGCGAUUUUUGAGAUUUUUCGCAAACACGCGAUAAAUCGCAAUUUUUGCAGCUGCGUGCAAACGUGGACAUAAGUGAAGCUCUUGAGCGCAUAGGUUAUGACAUUUAUUUAAAAUUUCAGCGAACAACUAUGCGAGCAUCUGUCGGAACUUUUAACCUUUAGAGCUUACACCCCUUUUUAAGUCAAGGCAAAAUAAUUGACGACUUUGUCAUUCUAGAAUACUGAUAUUGCGUUAAAUCGACGGGUUAGUAUUAAAUUGAAUGUCCUUCUUGGUAAUUGCUGUGGGCUAAUUUUUUUUUCAUUGUUCAAGUUUUAGAACAGGACAAGACAAGUUUUUUUUUAAAUUUAUCAUUUCCAUAUUUACGUUCUUUUAUGUUUCCUUGGUGUUUUUAGCUGAAACAAAGGAUCUAUCGCAAGGUAAGGAUGACUUGUCACAUUUAUUAUUAUUAAUAUUAUUAUCAUUAUCAUCAUCGUCGUCGUCGUCGCCGCCGCCGUCGUAGUCAUCAUCAUCAUCACAUCACCAAUGGAAGGCUAGAACAAAGUCUUUUUAUUAUGCCGUAAAAAGACAAUCGAAGAAUUUUGUUUGAAGAAGAAAGCCUUGUUUGGCGUGACGUUUUUGAGGUGUGCUUUUCAGGAAUCUUUCGCGGGUUUUACGCAUAAGUGGAUUGGUUAAACAAAAAAAACUCAAUGAACCAAUGGGAGGGUCCAUUUCGCACAAACAACCAAAUCUUUCGAGAAGGGACAUCGUCUGGUUUAGACCGAAGGUAUGUGCUUACGUGUAGAUUAAAGAAGUGUUAGCGUGAUGGACAGUCCCGCCAAAAAAUGAAAGGCAGGGACCAUCGCCAAGUCUCCGUUCUAGGGAAGUGUCUGCUAAGUUGAUUAUUGGCUGUUUAUUUAGCAGAAGUCGACUAUCGUAUCACAGUGAAGACAGGCGAGGAGACUAAUGCCGGCACAGACGCUAAUGUGUAUCUACAAAUGUUUGGUGAAAAUGGAAAGACGCAAAACUUCUCUCUUAGAGAGGAAGGAGACAAAAGAAGAUUCGAGAGCGGUCGAGUGGACAAGUUUCUGAUCCGAACACAAGAUGUUGGAAAGGUAAUGUUUAUAGUAGUCUCUUAUACCGUUUGCUAUCUGGUAGCCUGCACGUCUAUUCCUUCUGUUCAAUGCCACCAUAAAUGCCCUCAACAGUGAACUCGCCCUGCCGCUAGAGCUCGUUGUUGGCGUAUUCGAGGAAGAUAAUAGGGAGCUUAAGCAAAGACGUUUUUGAGCAACGGACGUUAACCGGAAGUGAGGACUUUUCCCUUGUAAUAUGCCUUGACGCUAUGUAAUUUGUAUUGCUUAGUUUCUUUACUCUUGUAGAGACGAUUUGACUGAAAAUUUGGGCAAAACCAUCGCCCAAAAAUGAAAAAGGGCAACUUCCGGUUGACGUGCGUCGCUCAAAAACGUCGUUGCUUAAGCUCCCUAAUAGUGAGUUAACGCAACAGGACGGCAGAAAGAAGAGGACGGCAAAACGCUUGAUUGUUACAAACGUGACGGGGCUAUUACUAGCGUGUUUUGUCGGGAAUUCACUUAACAUUGAUGUUUUUUUCCCUUCUACAAAAAAGAUCUGUCUGAAGGAACGUGAAGUUUGGCGGAAUCUUUGUUCAAACAAAAUUAUUGUCUUUCCUCUCCCGUCCUGUUGCGUUAGUUCACUAUUAUAUGCUGCGUGUUGCCGGGAUACAGUUUUGACCCCAGGCCUAAAAGCGGUGCGCUUGGUACAGCGGGCUCAGUUAUGACCAUAGGUUGAUCAAUAAAUAAAUUCUCGCACUCGAAAAACCAGUUUGAUGAUAGAGAACAAGAUAGACUUUUGCAGAAGUUCGGGCUGCGGCGGCUCCCAAAGGCUUGAUCGGGCAAAGCCUUCUUUCUCCUUCUCUUUCAAGAAGACAAAAGGAGGCUUUACUCGCGGGGUGCGGUGGAUGAUCUGUAAAAGUUCGUCCUCAGUAACUUGAAUUAACCGUGCUGUUUUUAUAGGUAAAGCAAGGAUUGUAGUACACCCUGGUGUUUACUCCUCUUUUUCAUAUGAUAUUUCGUGCUUUGUUGCAUUUAAAUUAACCCAGUCCUUUAACUUCCAAGAAUGCAGAAAAUCGUCAUGAAAGAAAGAACCGACGUAUUGUUUGGUUGAAUAUCAAAUAACAAAAUGAUAUCACGAGACGCUACUCUGUCCUCAAGAGGUUUCGUUUGAAUCGUCACAGUUAGGAUUCGUCUCAAGACUGAAAAAGUUAGAACUACAUGCUAAAUAAAUAGUACUGUGUCAAAGUGCUGCUGAAGAGGUUUCAUUUGAAUGGUCACACCAUAGGAUUUCAUCCACAGACUCAAAAGUUAGAACUACUUACAUUUUGCCAAGUGUGUUCGUAAUUGACCGAGGAGGAACAGGGUUGAUGUCUGUUCUCUCGUUCCAUAUCCAGCUCAAUUCUGUUCGUAUCAGCCGCUACAACAAGGGUGUUAAGCCCGGCUGGCUGCUCGACAGAAUCACUAUUGACGUGGACGAAAAAGACGAACACUAUGUCUUCUACUGCAACCGCUGGAUUGGAAGCUCGGAUAACGCGGUAGAUUUUUCUCCAGGUAAACAAACCUUUUCAGUGGAACUUAUCACUCGUAUGACUCACUCACUAAUUGGACUCGAGUCAGUCCUAUUACCAUUAUUAGUGUAUAAACUAAUGUAACGGUGAGGAAGGGUAAAAUUAUUUGUUCUAACAGUGUGCGCAAGUUGGACCCCCCUUAACUAAAAUUCCUGGAUCCGCCUCAGCUUAUAUUUCAGGCUAUGUGUAUUCUCGCUUGCAGGGUCGAAUUAUCUCAUCAAAUAGGGGGGAAGGGUGGGGAUAUCUAAAUUCUUUCUUGAGGAUGGCGUUUAGGAUUCUAUGAUUAAACAUAAACAGUCAACUUUGAAGGUGUUUCCUUAUAAUAUGGUAGAAAUACCAUGCAAACAGACAUGCAACUAAUAUUCUAAUAAGUUUCUUAUUAUAUUGUCAUAUCAAGCCGGCCGAAUGAGAUAGUACAACUUAAUUGCAUGCGGUGUGCUUACGAUGAGGGCUAAAAAUUCCCCACCCCCGUGUCUUGGAAGUCUACCCCACGACGCUGGAUAUUCAUAAUACAGUCAAACCUCUUUAAUACGGACACCAAAGGGACAGAACCAAGUGUCCGCUUUACAGACAUGUCCAUAUUAUAGAGGUAGGGAAUGUAUGAUUUUUGGCAUUUCUGGGACCAAACGAACUGUCCGCAUUACAGAGGUGUCCGUAAGGGGAGGUUAUACUGUACUAUAGAUAUCCUAGGUUUAUCUUUCAUCUGGUCAACCUUGGACCAGUCUAUUAAAAUUAAGGAGAGUUUUGACUUCACAGAAGUAACCCAAGAGCUUAAUAUUACACAUACGCUGAAUAGUUUAUUAUAAUAUAUUUAUGGUUUUGUUACAGAACAAGGCUCUCCGCGAGAUCAAGAGGGAAUGUACACAGGUACGGCUUUCAACUGUAUUCGUGAUAACUUCAUAUUCAUAUUCACAAGAACUAACAAAUGUGCUUGCGCCAGGACGGAUACCUUUGGGUAAGCACUAUGUGUCCGUAUAAGAGAGGUGUCUAUCUUAUAGACAGGCAAUUAAACGGGGUAAAGAAAGGCAUGGACCAACUCUAGUUAUCUGUUUUAGCAAGAUGUUCGUCUUACAGAGGUGUCCGUUAAGAGAUAGUUGACUGUAAUUGUAUCACUAAAGGACAGUUUGUUUGCUUUCUCUUUGCCAAAUCAAAUUAUUCAAAUUUGUCGUAAAACCUGAUGCAUCGUGCACAUUGAGGGCGAUGACCAUUAACGGUAACAAUGACAGUUUGUAGGACUGUCGUUCGUAAGUAACAAGUCCGUCACCCUCCUAGUACUCCACCAAACUAGCUGUUCUAUUUGUUGUAGUGAGUUUCAAGGUUGGCGAGGUCCUGGACCCCGAUGUAAACCCGUUUUACCAGAUUAUUGGUCGACAGGGCGAAACCGGCAAAAUCCGCCUACGAGAAGGUUACUCCAGAUCACAUGUGUUUACCAAGGGGAAUACAUAUAAAAUGUCCGUCAAAAACCCAGAUAUUGGAGAGGUAUGUAUAGGGAAAUACGUGAACCUUUCCGAGCUAUUUUUUGAGGGAAUUGUCAUUAUCGCUGAUGAAAACUUUCCGAAGUAUGAUAUUCAUUAGUAAGAAAGCCAAACCAGGCUUAGAUAUAGUUUUCUUUCGUCAGAAACAAUGUUUUUUUUACAGUUGAUAAGUUUUCGGAGGGUUGAAUUUUUCCAAGCCGUUGCACUGUGCUAAGCUCAGCCAAGAAAGCUGUCCAUAAGCACCACUCAAUCCCCGCUACCCUCCAAAACUACUUCUUGGUAUGUCCCAGUGAAAUGAAAUAUCUUAGACCCCGUUUACUUGGGUCCGAACAAAUUUGAACGGGCAAAAACUUGCACAGAUCCGUCUUUCGAUCACACUGGACCCGCGGAACCGUGCAAGUUUUUGAACGGCAUUUUGACCUGAUGAGAAGAGGUCAAUAUUUUUGACCGGUAUGGUCCCGCUUUUACGCGGACUCGUGUAAACACCUGAACCAAGUAAGGUUUUGCACAGUUUGUGCGGUGAAAGCCUGGAGCCUAGUUACGCGCCUUUGAUUAAAAUAAAAACCACUCCUAUGCUGACAGUGGCAAAAAUUUUUACGGACUAGUGUAAUUAGUACUGUAACAGAAUUUGCACGGUUCCGUGUAAACAGGUUGCGCAGGUAAAAAUUCGUCCCUUCAAAAAUUUUUCCGGACCGGGGUCUUGACCGAGAUAUUUUCUUCACGUAUUUAUAGAUCAUCAAACUUCGCAUCGGCGACGAUGGAUAUGGGCGUGGUCGGACCAUGUUUGUCGAGGAGGUUACCGUGACGAACAAAGAAGGGGAUACUGUCGUGUUCCCUUGUCGUUGCUGGCUCGGCAAAGAUGACUCCAACUCCGCAAUUAUUAGAGAGCUUAUCCCUGGUAAACCAGUCCCCGAGGAACCUGAAGGUAAAUACCACAGCUGACAACUACAAUAGUCAUCAGAUGGUCUUAUAUCUAACUGGGAACGGCAGCUCAAAAAUGGAAAGGGAAAAAAGAACUGAAAAUUCUUGAAAGCGGGAUGGAGUCGGGGCUUGGGUAGGACAGGGUAAACGUCGGCCCGUUUUGUUAUAUUUUCCAAGUUUGUAUCGAUCUGGGAGAAAAUUUAUUGUAUUAACGUUUUGUGAAAGUUUUUCUCGAUUUGGGAAAAAGUGUGUUGUUAAUUCUUGGAAAAUGUUUCUGUUUUGUAACGGUGAUUUUGUCAAACAUGACUCUUGCUCAUGAUUAGCCGGUAUAUAUAGACACCGUGACCUCAAUUGACUUCAGGACGCUACUGUCCUGCGUUAAUGAAAGAGAAACACAAAAACCUCUCUAGCGGUAGCUUGUCUUUGAAGGGUAAAGCUCGUUCGUUAGCGUCUUCGCUCCUGCUAAGAGCUAGCACUUGGAACACCAGCAGUUAAAUCAGAUUACCACAUCAACUCUGUCUGAGCGGAUAAAACCUUAUUGUUGUGUCUUUUUUGCAGACAUCUCGUAUCAUAUGACCAUCAAAACGGGUGAUAAACCGAACGCUGGAACAGACGCCAACGUGUAUUUCGCGUUAUGCGGCAACAAAGGUGAAACACCACGAAUCGACCUACAGGACGAGAGACAGACCUUCAGGCGAUUUGAGCGCAGCAGAGCUGACAAGUUUGUGGUACAAACUGCUGAUGUUGGCAAGGUGACAAAGCUGAAACACACGCUGCCCGUAAAUUUAGCUUAGCAUUAGAUAACAUCGGGUGAAGCCAGAUUUGAUACCCUAUGAGGUUUACACAACGCAUUUUCCUCUUAACAGAACGAUACUGAAAAAGAACCCCAUUAACCUUGUACAAUUGCUGGAAAAAAAAACAGAACUACAAAGCGCCAGUUAUUAAGAGAACAGUCUGGAGAGUUAAAUACUUAUCUGCAGUGAUUAGGGUUAAGCACUGAACUGAAAACGGUUAGCUUUCAAAUAUUUUAAUGGAAUUCGGCGUACCAUGGCGUUCAUGUAUGUGUAUAUCAAACAUUACUGGUUUUUGGCAGCUUGUUCUCGAUGGUGUAGUGGAUAUGAAGGUAGGUUAUGAAGCAAAUGACUCGGGCUCGAAGCAUCCCAGUUCUGUUUAUCUAUCUUAUUUUAUAUUAUACAGUAAACUUGGACUUAAAUUGUUCUUCAGGUAAUUUAACUGAAAGAAACAAACUGGCUUCAGCCGAUGUUAUGUAUUGGUCAAAUCGAAGCUUCAACAUGCCCCUCCCCCGGCAUACCCCGGGUAUUUGACACCUUUGCCGUCCCGGGGAGGAGGGAAUUUGAUUAUCAGAGUCUUCCAGGGGGUGGGGAAUUUGAUCCCCAUGCUUUAGGGGUGGGGAAUUUGAACUGCACCCUCGAUUUCAUGUAAAAUCUUUGUCGUGGCGAGCUAUGGGGGACGCGGUGUUAGAGGAUUUUCGUGGAAAAGAUUGUGCCUUUGUGGCCAAUUGGUUACGAGGAAAAGGCUUAUACAAGCUUUGUGGCGUAUUUGAAGUAUUUAAAUUUUAAAAUUUUUAUUUUUGGAUUCAGGCUUUGAAUGUAUGAAUGUAUUUUAUUGUUGUGUUUACAAUGAAAUACAAUACCUAUACCGGCGAUUCAAUACAACAACAUAAAAUAAAAUAAAAAGCUCAGGUCAACUACUUUGACCUAUUUGAAGUAUGCUAAUUAAUAAGGUGAGCGAUGAUGCAUUCAGUGAAAUGGUCAUGAUGUAGUAAUCUCAAUAGGUGGGAUCUUUUUUAUAGAACGAUUUGUACGUUGCGUGACGAAGAAAAGCUGAGCAUUCAGUGACCUUGUAGCUGCGAUUUCCGCCGCUUUUCACGAGACUUUUGUUUGUCCUAAAUACGCUAACAGUGUUUCUCAGUUUUUGUUAUAUUUAUAAAGAUUUUGUUCGACAACUGAAGGCGUUUCCGCCGUCCUUCUGUCGUUUUUGUGCCUGUGAAAUGUCCCCUGGGUGGGGGCAUUUGAUCACCUGAAUGGACCCCAGUGUGGGGAAUUUGAACGGCAUUUUGGCCUGGGUAGGGGGGAAUUUGAAAAAUAAUUUUCAAAAAAGUCAAAUGCCCGGGGAGUUGCCCGGGGGGGGGGGGCAUGUUGAAGCUUCGAUUUGACCGAUACAUUACCUUAUGCUAACCGCUGAAUUAACACAAACUUUGAAAGACUCUCGUACACUGUUGAUGGAGCAACACCACAGAAUCGAGAUGAGAAGUCGUUACGUUACGUGGCCAUGGUAGCAAAAUUUCUGGAUCACAACAUACCGUAAUCCUGGAAAUGUGGCAGAAAAAAAAAACGAAAAAAUGGGCAGGUAUGACUUUACUGUGCAUGAUUGCACUCAGGAACAAAAGAUAGCCCUUACGUUUCUUCCAUCGUUCGACAAUGCAAAUGGCCAUCUCUGUCAAGAAUUAAUGAUUUUUGAGAUCCAGAAAUUUUGCUACCUUGGUAGCGUGACGUCACAUUUCUCUCAUGUGUUGUAACUCUUUUUGAACGGUCACACUGAAGAACUUGGAUCAAUAGUCUAGUUUUGAAUGAAAAAUUACCGCUGAAUAUAAACAUUAAGGACACAUUCAUGCAGGGUUAGGCUUGACGCAUAGUAAAAUAUUCAGAAAUUCUGGUAAGUGUUUGAAAUUUGAAUAUACACAAUAGACAGAGUAAUAAACAAGUCUUUUUCUGGUUGGAAUUUGUGAAUAUAUUACUUCAGAUUGAGGCUAAGGCUGUAAAAAAUGCGUCUUCAGUUCUUUAAUUCAGCGGUUAUAGCCAACUCGAAAAUGGACUAUUUAGGUUUCUUGGAAACUACCCACCUACCCCUCCCCUAAGCCAUCAUUUUGCCCUAAGUGAGAACUAAGUGUUAAUGUUAACUUAGGGGAGGGGUAGGUGGGCAGUUUCCCAGAAACCUAAAUUUAUGGACAAACCUUUAAUGGUUGAAUCACUUUACCCAGACUGAUCAACAGCAUAGCAGGAAGUACUACUCAGAGUUCGCAAACAGGAAAGUGGUACCCUGGGUACCAAAGGGUUUUUUUUCGCGUGCGACCAGGAGCUUCGCGGGCCGAAGGCGGAAGACACGAGCGGCGGGUCACUUAGUUUUAGACUGUUUACCGAUACCGGAAACCACGCAUGAAAAGCCUCUGGCACCCAGGGUACGAAAGUGGUAGCUUAAAGAAUUUCUAUAGCUUUUAUCGCACUGGUAGUUUUGUAUAAGUAGCAUUCACAUGAGCAUUUUUGUCUCUUUGACCUUUAUGUCUUUUUGCUGUAGUCGGCCAUAUUCGUUUUCACGACAAAGAACUGGGACUAGCUUGUAAUCGAGGCUGAUGCAGAGUAAAAUCUUUAAAAUGUUUGUUACCAUUAAUAUUGAUGAAUAUGGUCUACUAUACAGUUCUUUAUUAGUAAAAUUCCAAUGGGUUAAAUUUUCAGCUUGAGAAGCUUGUGAUAGGACAUGAUAACAGGGGACAAGAUCCUGCGUGGUUCCUAGAUGAAGUGGAUAUUGACAUUCCCGUGCGGGAUGAACAUUACAAAUUCAGAUGCGGAGGAUGGCUUGGAGGCGCAGAUCCUGGUCAGCGGAAGGAGACGGUCUUGUUUCCAGGUAAUAUACAAAAAUAAUUUGAUGUUUUUUCAAUAUUGGUAGACACUGUCAAAAUCGAGCGUUGCGUGGAGACACCAACAACGGCCUCGCAGGGCAAGAGAAUGGUUGUCCGAAUCUUGAAUAUAGAACUGAAUUACUUAACGGUAGAUUUUUGCUUCCGAUCUUCCCAUGUGUGUUCUAUGUUGGCCAUAGCGAAUGUGAUUUUUUGUUACAUUUUUGAGGCGCCAUAGUGCUUAUUUGCAUGUUUCGCAAAGACGGUCGUGUUAGUGGGCAAGAACAAGAACUCCGGUGCUUUUCUCUCCGGUGCUUUUCAUCCAAAUCCUGCGGAAAAAAUUGUACUCUACUGACCACAAACAAGGUCGCCUUUUCACGUGUUUGCAAACAAAGAAUUGGGCGGAACCACGUUGUAACGAAGUCCAGGGUCUUGGAAAAUAUGCUUGUUGUAGCCAGAGAACGUUACAUCUAAGACAGCAAAUAGUUGGAUUUAAAAAUUUUCGCUCUUUGUGAGGGGCGAGGCGCUAAGAGCUUUCGAAAAAUUCUCACUCUAAGCAUACGAUUCGCACCCUACGUGUCACCCUCGCUCCACUCCCUUCGUGUGCUAAGUGAUCGCAUUCUACACCUCAGAAACUCUAGGGAGAAUGGGUACAAGCUUUGGGCACGGUGGGAUCGAUGGUAUCAAAGGCAACCAUUAACCAGUCAAAAGUAACUCUUGUCCACACAAACUAUCCCAGAAAUCGUUGCCCCGAAAGCUUGUACCCAUUCCCCCUUACAGUUUUCAGAAUGGAGAAUUCUCGACCAUUGCAAAAUAACGCUGUUUUGAGCCUGGUUUUUCGCGGCCCUCUUCGAUACCUUUUACCAUGAAUAGUGUGAAAAUUUUCUUCCGUUCUACUGGGCUCUUCGUUUCACACUUAGGUUCUUUAUGUCGAGAACCACUGCACACUUAGACUCUGCCACAUAACUCUGUCAGUUUAUACUGUAUUUUAUUAUUUUUAUUAUUCUCAGUGGAUGAUAUUGAAGGCCCCGUCAAACCCGUGAUCGAGGAGCCGCAACGUAAGUCACGUGGUGUGAAUUUAUUAGAUACCUUUAGAUUCGAGGACGAGGAGGACUACGAGGAUUAGAUUAACUUAAAGUUUUUUUUUCGCGUAUUCUCUUAAAAAAUAGACACCCCGUGAAGCUUCAUUGUACUUUUUCUCACCAGCCUGAUCGCAAAAUUAUAAAACUUCUAACGUUUGAUGACUUGUUUCCUUCACUACGUCUGGUACGACAUUCUCCCUAAAACCCAUAGUAGAAUGACGAUGGCUAUUGCGUUUUCCCUCCAAAAUGACGCUGGUUCACGCGCGUACUACUCAGUAUUAAGAAACUCUUGUUCUCGUAGUUGUUCUCGUCUUAGAAUCUAAAGCUGUCUAUUGUGUCAUUUGAUUUAGUGCACUCACUUUAGAAAAAUAAAACAAAAAUACCCUCAGAACCGAGGAAGGUUAAAAAGCCAAAAGCUCUGGAUUUUAGGGCGUACACUUUGCCUCUAAUUCUAGGCGCCCGUAAUACGGGAAUUUCGGUUUUGGUUUAGUUCCAAUUACCUCGUGAUUAAAAGUCGAAUAUCCUCUUUGUUGCGGUUCAGAAAAGUUUAUUUUAACAAUUAACACAGAAAAUCAUUUGUUGACCUCUGAGAAGCAGAUGAGACAUCCGUUUACUUGAGAAAAUGAAGUUUCUCCUGAUUGGUUGGAUGAAUUGAUGACCUAGGUCGUGACUGAAAUAACUAAUCUGAGAUCAGGCUCUAUCAGUUUAGCUUCGUUCUGCGUGCCAAUUAAAAUUCCGUUGGGCAAGGCCAAAGGCGACCAUCUAUGAGAGAAUGUAUAAAUAUAAAAGCUGAUAAAGUGGUCCUGACUUCAGGUUAUGAAAUGACAUUCCUUAUACAAUCUGUUUGUUGUGUUUCAUACCAGGUGAAAUCAUGAUUUUAUGAUCUCUUGGAAAAAUAUGAGGCAGUUUUUCUUACCCUAUUUUUUUGUUCUCAAUUACAGAAACUGGAGCAGCACCAGGUAAGGCCAAGUUAGAAAUCAUCCAGUUGAGUUAUAAUGUUGUUUUAUUACACUGAAGUAGCCUGUGUAGCUGGCGGGAUUAUUGUGCCCAGGGUACUUUCUUGGCGGCAAAACCGUCACGCGAAGCAGGAGGCGAACCCAAUCUUCAAGCGGCUCCGACCUAGACUGUUCACAGUCCCCUAUUUUUCCCUUGAGGUCUUCGAGAUCGAUCGCUUUGCGUUACGGGCGACCUUCUUGGACGGAAAGAGUGUCAAAUCUACUUAAGAGGCGGGGCGCGAUUUGGCAGAAGUCUUCCCUCCCUGCACUGCUAUAGUCCCCGACGCCGUCCCCUCGGUACAUUAGAAACAAAGAUGGCCGCCAGUACCGGUAAGCGCUCGAUCCUGUCGAUCUUACGAAAAAAUAGGAACAGUCUAGUUCCGCCGCUACAAAAAAAAAAUACAGCACUCAGCCGCGAAUCCCGACAGCUACGCAGGUUAGAAUGAUCCUUGCAGUUGCAUAAACAACCUAAGCGGUUGAAAAAGAAUCCAUAAAAAUUCAGGCUUGACCGGGAAUGGAACCCUGACCUUUGCGAUGACCGGACACAAUACUCUAUUGAUUGAGCUAAUCAAGCCAACUGAAGCCGGAGCAGGCCAUUAUGAGUUGGUAAUAUAACCGAUGGUGGAAAUGACUUGAAGUGAAAUAUAUGAAAUGUAUUUCAGUUCAAAAUAUGAUUUAUUUCAUAUAUUUCACUUCACUGAAAAAAUUGUUGGAAAUGUCUUCCACCAUUUGUAGGCGAUUUUUUUUAAUGGUAAUAUUCGGGCUUUGUAGAAACAUUGUUCACCCGUGCUGCCCUAUUUUUUACCAGACUCGGAGUAUGACGUAGAAUUUCAGACAGCCGCUGAAGAAAACGCGGGUACAGACGCGAGCGUAUAUUUCCAAAUGAUCGGGGAGGAUGGAGAAAGCCAAGAAAUCGAACUCAAGAACAAAGAAGGCGGCUAUUUUAAUCGAGGACAGCUGGACAGGUUCAGGAUUCGAGCGAGGGAUGUUGGCAGGGUGAGUUGGGGUAACAAGAAAAUUGAUCUACAAUGGUAGUGCUACAUGCUCACGAUAGAAAGUGGGUCUGUAUAUCGUGAAUCACGUUUUGUCUAGGAUCGAUUCGAUUUGAAGGCCGACACCUGGAAACCUUGGAGCUUGCACAUCCACGUUGGGGAAAUGCUUAGUCUGCUUAUUUUUGUUUGUUUGUUUGUUUUUCGCUGUUAUUGUUUUGUAGCUGUUGUUUGUUUGCUCUUUCUGCCUUUACUAUUAAGAGGAAAUACAAGAAAGGAUGUAUGAAAUGCUACCCUAGGUGCCAGAGGCUUUUCAUGCGCGGUGUCGGAAGCUCCUCUUCGCACGCGAGAAAAAACCUCUGGUACCCAGUGUAAUGAAAUGCCGGCUUUGGUCAGUAUGAAUGGUACUAUAUUUUUGUUUUGCACAAAUAAUCUACGGGUAAUUAGUUCUCUUCUAGCCCACCCUCACACGGUAGCUUCCACGUAUGGCAUCGAUAUGUCCCUACUUACCUGUUUUCGCAUCCUAAUAACCUUUUUUUAAUCAAAUUUCGAACAAUUACAUCAAACAGCAGGGUCGUGAUACUUACGGUAUUAUGUAACUUUCGUAUGUUUGACAUCUCCAAUUGUAAUGUUUGACGCGAAAACGUCUCGCAAAAUUGCCUGAAGCUCUCAGCUAGCACAAGAAAAUGUAGAACACCGAAUCUGUCUCUUCCUUGAUUUUUUACCUUCUUUUUCAGCUGAAAAUGCUUCGUGUGGGCCAUGACAAUUCUGGUUCCAAUUCUCGAUGGCUGUUGGAGGAAGUUGUGAUAUUUUCGCUUGUUCGUGGCGAGCGUUACGUGUUCAAGUGUGGUAACUGGAUAGGCGGACGACACAAUGAUAUUGAACUGCCGCUCGGUAAGUUGUGUGACCUCUUAUUGGGACACAGACAGUUGCACUAUUCCUGCGUUAAGACUAAAUAGACACGCUUUCAAUGUGUGACGCAGUUAAUGAAGGGAGGGAGAGCCGCGAAGCGGGUGAUAAGCAACCUGAAAGAAAUAGGAUUUUUGGAAUUGGCACUAUUCACUCUCUCGUUUUCCUUUCACCCCAACCCUGUCGUCGCCUCCACCCACCCCACCCCUUUGUGCUUACCAUAUUUACUCGAAUAAGCGCUGCAUUUGGAAGAAAAAGUUUAUAAGCGCUGCAUCCCCGAUGCAAUCAAAGGCAACCAACUUUCAAAUAAAAGCCGCCCUCUAAGAAGCACAGCAAAUGAGGUGUGAAGAUUUAAUAAGCGCCGCGGCUUUUAUUCGAGUAAACACGUUAAACGUGCUCGUUUUAGUCCACUUUACAGAAAAACAGAUUUUCAAAUGAUUGGACCUGUUGAUCCAUUUCAGGCAUAUAGUGAACUACCGACAUAAAGACUUUAACAUUUUGACGAUAGUAAUUUUUACCACUUUCUUGUUUUAGAUUCUUGGAACUAUGGUCAGCUGGUUUAGUAAACACUUUUCAGUUAUUUAUUUUUCUUGAUUAUCUUUUUUUUUUUUUACCUUUUUGUAUUUUCUUUGUUUGCUUUUUAUACUGAUUACUAAAAGUUUUUUUGGGCGUUCCUCUAGUUGGACAGGAGCCAGAUAUUCCUGAUUUAAUUGAUUACAUGCAGUCAGGAGAUGAGACAAGAAUUAUCAACGCAGCCGGCUAUCUACAGCACUUGUGUUACAGUAAAGAAAAUGUCAAGGAUAAAGUCAGGUACCUAGGAGGUUUAUUUAUACAUUAUUAUAUACUUCUCAUGCUGGGAAAAGCGGAAGAAAAGAAAGAAGGUACUAGUGUAAAGAAUAAAGGUACAAAAGAGUUAGUUGAUUCAAAUUCGCCUGAUGUAUGUAGGUCCACCUCUUAGGGUGGCUCUCCACUGUCGCGUAAUUUUUACGUCCGCAAAUAAAAUAGAGACGAUCUUUGAAGGGCCGCGCGAAAACGUAAAUUUUUAGCGAGAUUUAUCUUUUUCGUUUUUACGCGCGGCCUUCCAUUCAUUAGAGAGAUUUCGAGUCACGCUCACGGCAAAUGGCAACCGUCAGAUUCAGGUUCUUGAGAAUUCCUCAAAAUAGAUUUAAAAACAGUCCAAGGCAAUUGUUAUGGCCAAAAAUAACGUAAAGCAACUAAUUGUGGGGUAGAAGUAAUGAACAGUAUAAGAAAAGUAAAAGGAAAACGUGAUCACAUGGUAUAAAAUCAGACUCGUCCUCAGUCGUCUCUCACAACUUCGCUCUAGUGGCGUGCGUACCUCACCGGCGUUCAAGCAGCACUUGCCGCGCCUCCGUUGCUAACACGCUCUUUCUUUGAUUUCAUUAUUAUUCAACAGAGAGCUUGGUGGCAUCCCGGUGAUUGUAAGGCUUUUGAGGCAUUCACAGUGGCGCAUAAGAUAUGCAGCUCUCUGCCUGCUGAGAAAUCUCUCCUUCAGUGUAAAACACGACGCUAACCGGGUAAGAAACUUCGAAUAAACACCUAUUCCCCAGAGUAUUUGUUUGAAGAAAUCCAUAAUUUUUUCGUUUUUGUUUUUUAAUAUAUGUUUUUCCUUGUUAUUUGAGACAUUUACCAGCGGGUAAAUGCAGUUAAUGGAGCAUGAAGCCCCAGGGGGGUAGGCAGAGAAAGCCUGCCUCGUCUUAGGCUCGGUGAUGUCUUGAAAGCUCGAUUCAUUAAAUGAAAGCACUCUAUUCUUUAAGCAGAAAACAAAAGCUUUUCAUGGCUAGAACCUCACUGAGUUGUCGCAUGUUUGUCAUCGUAUAUUUUCUUACCUUCGCAAAGAUUGGUCCCUGUAUUCAAAGCCCUAUUCAGUUCUAUUCACGGCCAGACCUUAGUCAUGAUGAGUUGAGAUAGUUAAUAGUACAACUGUGCCUAUUGGCCGUAUUUUGAGACACUGUCUGACUAUAAAGCUUUGCAAAUGCCACUUCUAGUCAUUAUUUGGUUAGCUUGCACGAAAGCAAUCAUUUAAAGUAGUUUUGUUAUGGCUCGUCCACGUUCCCAGCCCGCGACAUCGCGUCCAAGUACCGACCUUUCAAAGCUUUCCAGCGAAGUACUCCGGCUUCGUUUGCAACAACUGAAUCUUCCUGUCACGGGAAACCACGCUCGCUUGGUCGAAAGGCUUCGUUCAGCGAAUGGAACCCGCCAGCUCUCUGCACCCACGCGAACCAAACGGGCUGAUGGUCGAGUGGCCAAGAGGUCACCAACCUCGUCGAAGCGCUCCAAACAGGCCGCACGGAGUCUCAAUCGUCAAUCCGCCUCGUCCAACUUGCCUUCCGAACCUCAAGACCGAGAUGAAGUCUUGGACCACUUCCCAGAGGAGGAGGAGUCCGCCACAAGCGACCUUUUGGUCGAUUUAAACGCAGAACCAAUGGAACCCAUGGAGUUGUGUGACGCUGUUUUUACCCCGGCUCAACUAGCGGCUAUCCAGGACACCGUUUCGUCGACUGUUCAAGCAGUGUUUCAAUCGCUCCCACACAACGACGUUAUCCCGCCUGCUCCCGCGUUUUCCUGCACACCAAGUCCUCGUGUUCCUUCUGUGGUCUCUCCGAACGGCCUCAAUCGUCCCUUGGACAAGACACUCGAGGAUAAAAUACUCCGCGGUGAGUACGUUGAUUUCUCUUUGCUUUUGCCAGAAACACUGUACCAGACCCAGACCCCGCCCUCCAAUUGCGUUACGAGGACUCGCCCCAGGCUCCUUGGGCUCCCCGCUUACUGUUGUUAAGCGCAAGAAACCAGUUGUAGACUCUUUUCAAAAUGGUUGGACGCGUUUAUGGCUUACAUGCUGGUAAUCGUCACGGCCUACCCCAACCGGGCGGUGGAGCUCAUAAAGUAUCAGCAGAUCAUUAGCCGCGCAGUAACUAAGUUCAAGGGCUUAGCGUGGUACACAUACGACGAGCACUUUAGACGCCGCGCAGCUCGCGAUCUUACCAUCGCAUGGGAUAGGAUAGAUAUCGAACUUUGGACGGUGACCUUUACGGGUACCGCUAAGCCCCAUUGUUCUAUAUGCUCUAGCCCGUACCAUCAAUCUGAUGACUGCCCCCACCAGGAACCCAGCAAAAAGCCUCGCCGGUCUGCCCUCGUUUGCUUCGAUUACAACAAACCCUCAGGGUGUCAGCGACGUACCUGUCACUUCCCCCACAAUUGCCGCCGCUGUGGAUCCAGCAGUCACGCACUCUUCAAUUGCCCCAGCUCCAGACAGCAUGCCACAGGCACCAAAUCAGCAACCCCGGGCGAUCGCAGCAAAAAUAAAGUGGAACAGUGCCAGCGGAAGCAGAGACCAACAGUGUCCACCCCUCUCGAUGUAGAUAAAUUAGCGUUUGAAUUAGUUAAUCACCCUAAUCGAUCUUUUGUUGAUAACUUAGUUAAUGCCCUCAGGUACGGGACUCGUAUCGGUUACCUUGGUCCCCAAAAAUUCCGGGUAUCCAAUAACUUGAUCUCCGCUUCCCAACACCCCGAGGUUAUUUCCGCGAAUUUAAGUAAGGAAAUGUCGUUGGGUAGAGUUGCAGGCCCCUUUCUCUCGCCCCCACUCCCCAAUUUCCAGUGCCACCCUAUUGGCGUGGUGCCAAAAAAAAGCACUCCACGGAAUGGCGCACUAUCUAUCACCUAUCCUAUCCCCCGGGUGACAGCGUAAAUGAUCAUAUUCCAAAAGACCCUUAUUCUCUUCAGUAUGUACGGGUAGACGACGCAAUAAGCAUUCUGAAGUCCUUGGGUCCCGGGGCGUACAUGGCUAAAACCGACCUUAAAUCGGCGUUCCGUAUUAUGCCUAUUCACCCGGAUGAUUGGAACCUGUUGGGUAUUUAUUGGCAAUCACGUUACUAUGUAGAUCUGUACCUCCCAUUUGGGCUCCGCAGUUCACCCUUCCUCUUUAAUCAAAUUUCUGAUGCCUUAGAAUGGAUCUUAAAACACAACUACGGCCUGGGCCAUGUUAUCCACAUCCUGGACGACUUCUUUAUCGCAGAGUCUUCUAAGGUGACCUGCUUAGAGAACUUUAGUACCCUUUUAAAAGCGUUCACGUCCCUCCGGGUACCAAUAGUAGCAGCCAAAACCCUGGGCCCCUCCCAAGUCUUGGAAUUUAUGGGGAUUGUGCUCGAUAGUACCCGCAUGGAAGCUAGGCUGCCGGAGGAUAAGCUAACUCGGAUUAGUCACCUCCUUGAUUCCUUUAGUGCCCGCCGCUCAGCCCGUCUAGUGGACCUCCAGUCCCUUAUCGGCACCUUGCAAUUUGCCUGUAAAGUAGUGGUCCCCGGGCGAACCUUUCUCCAGCGCAUGAUCAAUCUCACCAGGGGUGUUCCUAGCCGUUUUCACCAUAUCCGUCUGAACAAGCAAUUCCAACGGGAUAUUACUAUGUGGAAAGUUUUUCUCACCCAAUGGAACGGGCGGUCCUUCUUCCUUGAUUCCUUUGUUACCUCCUCCCCUGACCUUGAAUUGUACACAGAUGCAGCUAGCACCAUUGGGUUCGGGGGGUAUUUUAAUGGGAAAUGGUUCCAAGGGCACUGGCCGCCUCACCUUCUUAUCAACAAGAAGACGGGGAUUAGCAUUGAAUGGCAAGAACUUUUCCCUAUUGUUAUCGCUUGCGCCCUCUGGUACCCCCAUUUUGCGGGUAAACGCCUUCAAUUUUGGUGCGACAAUGAAAGCGUCGUGGCUAUUAUCAACUCUGGCCACUCAAAAGCUCCCCGGGUGAUGGACCUGGUCCGUUUUUUGGUUCUCAUUUCUAUGAAACACAACUUCUUGGUACGGGCCCGCCACGUUCCGGGGGUAGAUAACGGAAUUGCUGACGCCCUCUCACGUUUCCAGGUCAAACGCUUCAGGGAUCUCGCACCCAAUGCCGACCGGACCCCUUGUUUCAUCCCUCCUUCGUUCAUGACCCUCUGAAGGAUGAAGUUCAACGGUAUGCUAACUGGGCCUUAUCAUGGAACACCAAACGCACCUAUACAUCCGGAGAAAAGCGUUUUAUCUCAUUUUGUCUUAUGAACAGACUUACAUCUCCAACAGGUGAUAUUUUACCUGCGUCGGAGGGGACACUUAUCUAUUUUGCGUCUUAUUUAGCCCGCACAGUUCGACAUUGCACAAUCAAAAUAUAUUUAGCAGCCGUCAGGAAUCUACAUAUAGUUUCAGGUUACAAUGACCCCUUACAGGGCAAGCUGCUUUUAAAAAAAGAUUUUAAGGGGCAUUCUUCGUUACCAGGGGUGUUCUCGUAUAAGCCGUCAGCCGGUGACCCCCCGGGUCCUGUUAGCUAUCCGUCCCGUCCUUGAGAGCUGGUUAGAUGUUCGGGAUUUUUCUAUGAUCUGGGCGGCAUUUACCCUAGCCUUUUUUGCCUUUCUUCGUUGUAGCGAGUUUACGUACCCGGGGGCACGUAGUUUUAGUUCUCAGUUUAACCUCACCACUGAUUGCGUGACUUUCUCACCAAGUCUGGCUUGCCCGCAGCACAUGCUUCUCAAACUUAAAUCUUCUAAAACUGACAGUUUUCGACAGGGGCAAUCUCUCGUUGUCGCUCGGUGCUCUUCUCUAUUGUGCCCCGUUUCCGCGAUGCAACGGUAUUUUCUGCUUGCCCAGCCUCGGCCUGGGCCCCUUUUUUACUUUCAGUCGGGUCGGCUUCUCACUCGGUCCUCUGUUACGCAUUUACUUCAGGACUCUGCUCGCUGUGCGGGACUCCCAUACGAGAGUCUAAAAGGUCACAGUUUCCGUAUAGGCGCCGCGUCUGCUGCGGCCGCUGCGGGCUUACCAGACUGGUUAAUAAAAGUUUUAGGUCGUUGGUCCUCGGACUGUUAUCAGCUGUAUAUUCGCACUCCCGAAACGGUCUUGCUUUCUGCUGUUCCCAAAAUGGCUCGCGUGUCAGGGAACUUUAUUUAGUGUUUUGUUGUUGCUUGGGGGGAUGCAUUGCAUGCAUCUGUGGCGGUUAAGUCUGCGUUGCGACUUCCCCCAAGCUUUUGGCAUUGCUUGUGUCUUGCCAUCUUUUGAGCUAUUCCUUUGCCUUAAUCUUGUCCGAUCCAGCCCGUGCGGCGCUGGGGAGAUAAGAAAGGCUCUGCCAAGACUCUUGUCCUACCCCACGGUAGUGGGGCGACAAGUAAGGCUUGUGUUAUUUUGUGCGCAAAACCCGAAGUCGCUAUAACCUGCCACAGGGCUGUGUCCCCCCCUUAUUACGCCAUCAUGGAGUUGUUGUUUACUUAGCCUGCGUGCGUUAUUUACUUGCGUGACGUUUGCAUGCGUAUCUUACAAGCGGAAUAGUGACAUUAAUGAGACAUUUAACAGCGGGUAAAUGCAGUUAAUGGAGCAUGAAGCCCCAGGGGGGUAGGCAGAGAAAGCCUGCCUCGUCUUAGGCUCGGUGAUGUCUUGAAAGCUCGAUUCAUUAAAUGAAAGCACUCUAUUCUUUAAGCAGAAAACAAAAGCUUUUCAUGGCUAGAACCUCACUGAGUUGUCGCAUGUUUGUCAUCGUAUAUUUUCUUACCUUCGCAAAGAUUGGUCCCUGUAUUCAAAGCCCUAUUCAGUUCUAUUCACGGCCAGACCUUAGUCAUGAUGAGUUGAGAUAGUUAAUAGUACAACUGUGCCUAUUGGCCGUAUUUUGAGACACUGUCUGACUAUAAAGCUUUGCAAAUGCCACUUCUAGUCAUUAUUUGGUUAGCUUGCACGAAAGCAAUCAUUUAAAGUAGUUUUGUUACCCACCCUCCCUCCCUUUGGAGGAGUAGUUGUUAUGUUUUGUCUCAAUAAAUUUUGGGGGGUCACUCCUUGUGGUGCGGUUAAGUCUGCGUUGCGACUUCCCCCAAGCUUUUGGCAUUGCUUGUGUCUUGCCAUCUUUUUAGCUAUUCCUUUGCCUUAAUCUUGUCCGAUCCAGCCCGUGCGGCGCUGGGGAAUAAGAAAGGUUCUGCCAAGACUUUUGUCCUACCCCACGGUAGUGGGGCGACAAGUAAGGCUUGUGUUAUUUUGUGCGCAAAACCCGAAGUCGCUAUAACCUGCCACAGGGCUGUGUCCCCCCCUUAUUACGCCAUCAUGGAGUUGUUGUUUACUUAGCCUGCGUGCGUUAUUUACUUGCGUGACGUUUGCAUGCGUAUCUUACAAGCGGAAUAGUGACAUUAAUAUUCAUUAAUUCAUUUAUUUUACAAAGUGUAAUCCCAUGUCAGUACCAUUAUCAGAACAUCGACAUUUUGAGCAAAGUAUAACUGAACUUUAGUAGCAAAUCCAAUGUAGCAACAUGUCUCGCAGAAGCUUUGUUUGUUUCAUGUCACAAUAUUUCGUGCUAUUCACAAACAAGUAGCGAAAUCCUAUAAGGUUUACAAGCACCGUCUCUGUGACUAGCUCCUAACUUUUCAAGGGUCAAGAAUUUGACACCAUUUAAAUGUGUCUCUGUCAUUUUGUCAUGAGAACCGAAAUGUUGGGAUUUCAUUGUUUGAAAAUUGAGAGUUAAUUAUUUUCGACUUACUUUCUAGACCGUUAGAAAAAUUCUGCUUUCCAUUGAUAUUUGUUGAUGUUUUAUUUUAUGAAUUAAUGAGUUUGUUUAUUUAUUUAUGUAUUUGUUUAUACCGUAGCUGGCUAUUGCUGACUGUGGUGGCAUAGAACUUUUGAUUGAAAUUUUACAACAAACCGAGAAGAUCGAGGUACGGCGGAGUAAUUUCGGCUGUUUUCAAUUUGCGGAAGUGUUAAGCAAUUCGUCUCGCUAAUUUCUAUGUAUGCUUUUCACUUUCAGUACCGAGAAGCUAUUAUAGGUGUGCUGUGCAAUUUGUCCGCGGUUGAGGUAAGACAUUUAUUGCGUAGAGAUUAAUUUCCUACUUUGUUUUCAAUCACGGUUUUGAAGAGGAUUCUAAGGGAUUGAAAUACGCCUCUGUUCUGUGAAACGUUCGUACUUUACAAAACGUUUUUCGGAACCUCACUUAUGCACUAGUUUAUUUACGUUUUUUUUCCUUUUUUAUCUAGUCUCUUCGUCUUCGUAUCCUCCUCGUCUGCCUACAUAUUAUCGUCCUCAUAAUCAUCAUCCCUUACUCCGAGUGGACAGCGGCUGCGGCUCGAGGACAGCUACCAAACAGAACUCAACCCUGGCCAGCAGUACUCGUCCAUGCUACUAGACUCGUGCGCAAUUUGUCUUCAGCUGGUACCAGGGCACGACAGGAGCUCAGGGACGAGAAGGACUUGAUCGACUGUCUUGUAUGGAUUAUUAGGAUUGGCGUUAAGAGUCAACAUUUUGAUGAAAAA